ACGGAAGUAAAUUAUAUAUGCAAAUUAUAUUCAUAAAAUAAACACAUGUAUUAGUUGUAUUUAUAAAUAAAACUUUUUCAAUACUGAAAUUAUACUAAAACAAUUACUCGCCUCAGGCUCGGUGAUUACAAGCGUAUGUGGUAUGUUCACUUCGCCUUCGCUUGUAAUAGUCCGUAUGUUGUGACCUCGAAAAGUGCCUAGAAAAAGAUUUUCAUUAAGCAUGUCUUAGAUCUGAAAUACUUUUACGGGAACUAACACUUUCGAACACGCUGAUUUCAAGUCCGAAAAGUUCCCACUCCGUAGACCCGCAGUUUUCUUACAAAAUGCUAUUUUAUCUUCACUAAUUUCACAGCAAAUUUUUUCAUUGUUCAACGACACGGAUCGAUGACGAUACACAAUUAUGUCACUCAAUAGGACCAAUUUCUAUUAACCAUUCUUCCUUUAAAAAAAAGACCGGUUUUGCUCGAAUCAUUCUGAGUUAUGCAAUCUUAUGCGUGUUGGACGUAAACAACAUAUCUUGUCUACAACUUUGCGAAGGUACAGAUAAUUCCUUCUAAAAUCCUUAGUUCUGGAUCUAUCUCUAUAAAAUCACAAGGACAUUAAUGUCAAGUCUUUGUUCUAUGUCUCUGGGAUGAGAAAUAAUUCCUUACAUGCGAUCAAAAUGUUUUAUACAAAGAUAUAAAACGGUAAUCUAUAUGUAAUGGAUCAGCAUUGAAAUUUCCAACACGGUUUCCAAGACGUAAUUCAACAGAUAACUUAUUGCAUUUGAACUAUUGCAUGAGUUGGUGUUAUACUGUGCGAUAAGCGAGUAUUAUUGGAAAGAGGGCUUCUAUAUACGUCGAAAUCAUCAAAUAAACAGCUCAUGCACACAUUUCUCCACUUCGCGGUAAGUUUACAGAGCAUAUUUUAUACUUUGUGACUGAUCUUUGUCUUUGAUGUGAACAUUUAUUCUCAUAAUAAUUCUCAUAUUUAUUCUCAUAAAUCAGUUAACAGUUUGCGAAGUGUCUGAGGUGCUCCAUAGCUUGGACACAAACAAAGCUAGCGGUCCAGAUAAUUUGCCAAAUAGAAUUCUGUUAAGCGUUGCUGAUGAAAUUGCACCUUCAAUUUGCCGUCUUUUCAAUCUUUCACUAUCAGAAGGCAUAAUGCCUAAACGAUGGAAACUUGCUAACAUUACUGCCAUCUUUAAAAAGAAUUAUCCGACAAUUCCAUCGAACUAUAGACCUAUCUCUUUACUCGAUACGUUAUCGAAAGUUUUAGAGCGGUGUGUUUACAAUCACUGUUAUGAACAUCUACACUCUAUGUUCCAUUAUCUCCAACAUGGUUUCCUGAGAGGGCGGUCCACGAAUACGCAGUUGUUGGUAGUAUACCAUCAAAUUCUGGAAUGUAUCGCUAGUGGUCAAGAAGUAGAUGCAAUUUACCUGGACUUUAGCAAAGCGUUCGAUAAGGUACCACACAAUCUGCUUUUAUUAAAACUUAAAUCGUAUGGUAUUUCUGAUCCUACCCUCUCAUGGUUUGGCAGUUACUUAUCGGAAAGACACCAACGAGUGGUUAUCAACGGACAUUCUUCUGACUGGCUCCCUGUUACAUCGGGCGUCCCGCAGGGGUCUAUCCUUGGGCCGCUUCUUUUCUUAAUAUACAUUAACGAUCUACCCACCUAUUUAGAAAACAAUUCAUCAAUUGCUCUUUAUGCGGACGACUCCAAACUUUUCCGCCCUAUCUAUUUGCCUAACGACAGUGUUUCCCUUCAGAAAGAUCUCGACAGCCUCAGUCACUGGGGCAAAAACUGUGCAAUGGCAUUCAAUGUUAGUAAAUGUAAAGCAGUACAUUUUUCAAGGAAGAAAUUACCUACAGAACAUCACUUAACGGGUAAAAACUACUAUCUGGCAGGUAACCAAUUAGAAAAUGUUGCUAACAUACUGGACCUUGGAAUUACUAUCACCAACAACCUUUCAUGGUCUAAACACAUCGAAGAGAUUGUCUCUAAAGCUAACAGAACCCUUGGUCUUGUUAAAAGAUUGUGUGGGGAUAUCAAGGACACAAACACCCGGAAGCUUCUGUAUUGUACUGUUGUUAGACCAAAGCUUGAGUAUUAUAGUAGUCUUUGGUCUCCUUACACAGGUAAACAUCGUUUACUUAUCGAAAAUGUUCAGCGAAGAGCUACGCGGUUUAUUCUUAAUUACCCAAAAGAUAUGUCAUAUCCGUUGAGGCUGCAGAAACUACGCCUUUUUCCACUGGAAUUCAGAAGAGAGAUUUCGGAUUUAACUUUAUUGUUUAAGUCCAGAAAUGGGCUAAUAACUAUGGACGUGAAUAAGUACCUGAACACUUACGUUUAUUGCUAUCGGACACGUAAUUACGACCCAAAUAACUACAACUUGAUUAUUAAGCACAAACAAGACUAUUAUAGAAAGUCGUUUUUCAUUAGGGCUACAGAACUCUGGAAUACGUUACCUUCUAAUUUAAAAUCUUGUAAUUCAAUUACUUUAUUUAAGACUAAAAUCACUAACCUAUACUUCGAUAAAUUAGCUACGUAUUGCUUACCUGCGUGAAUAUUUCUUAGUGUAUUGUAUUGAUGUAUAGGGGUAGGAUGGCAACUGGGACAUUAGUCCUGUAUCUAACUCCUGCCAGUCGUCUGUUUAGUAAACUUGUAACUUGUUAUAUAUGUAUGUUAUUGUAAUUUACUGGUGAAUUAAUUAAACUAAACUAAACUAAAUAGCUUAAGGUUAUUUAAGAUUGAUGCUGUCGUAAGUCUUCUACCUGCAACCAUUCGACAAUAUUUCGUUUUAGCGUUGUCUUUGCCGUUACGUUGGCUUCGCGUUACUUUUGUUUUAAAUAUCUUGAUCGCGUUAAAAGAGUUAUUUUUCAGGCCAGUGACAUAGCUAAAAGACUUGAUAUUAAUGUCCUUGUGAUUUUAUAGAGAUAUCUCUAGAACUGAGGAUUUUAGAAAGCGUUAUCUGUACCUUCCAUAGAUAUCUUAUAUACACUAGAUAGUGAAUCUAAUUAUUCUGCAAUUCAAAAAUUGAAGCCGUGAUUGCAGUCUCAGGUCGUUCCCAUGAAAUGAGAAGAUUCGUAUGUUUUCUAUUUCUUAAACAUGGAACUUAAACAUUAAGUUAACCCCAUUCCAAGUACAUUUUUAAACUAUUCAAAUGAUGAAAGUUAUUGUUGUUUUUAAGCGUUUAUUAGCAAGUGGGAACGACCAACAUGGCCGCCAUCUAUUCAAAUGGGGGUAACCGCUGGAAUAUUCUUGGCUUCAAUUUUACUAAAAGAGAUGCGCUAUCUAGUCUAUAUAAGAUAUCUAUGGUACCUUCUCACAGUUGUAGACAAGAUAUGUUGUUUACGUUCAACACGCAUAAGAUUGCAUAACUCAAAAUGAUUCGAGCAAAACCGAUCUUUUGUUAGAAGGAAGAAUGUUUAAUAGAAAUUGGUCCUUUUGAGUGACAUAAUCGUGUAUCGUCAUCGAUCCGUAUCGUUGAACAAUGAAAAAAAUUGUUGUGAAAUUAGUGAAGAUGAAAUAACAUUUUGUGAAAAAACUGCUGGUUUACGGAGUGGGAACUUUUCGGAUUUGAACUCAGCGUGUUCGAAAGUGUUAGUUCCUGUAAAAAUAUUUCAGAUCUAAGACAUGCUUAUUGAAAGUGAACGAUAUCGGGUCACAACACACGGACUAUAAUCACGCUGGUCAUAUUCAGCAAAUUUUCUCCCAGUACCGCAGGCUCGCAUUUUCAGCGGACUUGUAAAAAAUUGAAACUUUUGCAUUUUUCACAGAACUGCCCACUUUCUGUGGGAUGUCCGCUGACCAUACGAGUCCGCACGAGUGGGAGAAAUUUUGCUAAAUUUGACCAACGUGAAUCACCUCUCGCUUUCGGCGAUAGACUAAUUGUUAAACAGCUCAUAUACUGCCAGUAGAAAAUAACAAGAUGAGAUCCUUAUAGGACAUUCCCUUAUAGGAGAUGUUUUGAGAUCCUUAUAGGACAUUCUCUUCAAAAAAAUUACUAGCAUGUUCUUAGCUCGUGUUUAAUUUUUUGGCGCCAAAGUUGACACGUCAUUUCCCCGCCAAAAUGUACCAAAAUCGAAAAACAAAAACGAUACGAUUUUUCGGAAUGGCAAGUUCUAUCCUGUGAGGAAGUUUCGUGAUAUUCCAAACUAAGGUCGGAAAGUUAUAACUACUUGGCCCAAUUUGCUGUCUUUUUUUCCCACCGUGAAAAUUAUACCUAAAUUUCUCCCUUUUCCUUCGGUAAAAUUUUUUAAAACUUUGAACAUUUCUUAACAUCGGCUUAACAAGCUCAAUAUUCUUUUUUCAUAAAAUUUUAUUGAAGGGAAAUUUUUUAAUAUUGAUUUGCGACACUUUUGAAACUUUCUAAAAAACGUUAGUAGAUAGAAUUUUUUAAAAUCGAAAAAAUCGUUGUACGAUAUCUAUCUUUUAUGCAAAGUUUAAACUAAUUUAAUGAAGGGAGUUUUUAAAAUGGCCGGAAAAGACAAAUUUUGAGUUUAAUUAUCCUAAACACGCUGUUGCCAUGGUAACGGACUUUCAGCGCAAAAGUACCAAAUCGCAAUGUUCAGGAGAAUUGUGAAUGUGUCCAAUAAAUUCCGUCUUCAUGUCAUGUAAAUUGAAGAAACAGGAGUUUUCUGGAUACUUGAUAGUGUAGUAUAAUGCGAAAACCCUAGAGAGCCACCUUAAAAUAGUUUUUAUUAUAAUUUUAUGGGUUUUUAAACACAGAAAUCACUCGUGGUCAUUCGUGGUCACUCGUGUGCACUUUUAGACAAGACCCAACACAACAGCAGGUUAUUCGCUUUUUUAUAGCAUUAAGAAGAAUAAAACAUAAUAAAAAUACUUAUGGGUUUGCAAAUAGAUUUUUAAUGCUUAAACUAGUUUAAAAGUGUAGUUUUUUAAAAAAAAAUAAUGCCGAAAGAGCAAAGAUAAAAAGACAUGAACAGAAUAUUAAUUUUUUGGAAGAAAUUAAACUGAACUAGGUCAAUUUAUAGACGUGAAAUCAACAGCACCUGUUUUGUCUAAAAGCCUUAAAUAUAUAAAAAAUUUGAGUUUUGAGCAAUGUUUGAAGUAUUAUUUAAAGAAAUAGCAGCAGUGGUUUAUCAGGUUUAGGGCAAGUUGUUUUGAUUGCUAAACUAAAUGUCAAAUAUUGGCAUACAGAUGAGUCUGUGAAUUUAUUAGUUGUCUUAUAUAUAAAAAAAGGUAUUCUACUCACUCUUGUCCUAUAUAUGACUGCUCAUAUACGACUCGAGUUCGCAGAAUAACUGUUAAUUAUACUGUACAUGCAUACAAUUCAUUCCUUGAUUUUUUAAAGAGAAUGAAGCCGAGGACUCAAAUCUGUCUCUAGGGUGAAGACCUUAAGUGUAUAGUGCUUCGGAAAUCCGUAGCAUGGCAUCUUCGCUAAAGGGUAGUUUAAUAAAAAUGUAUCGCUAAUUACAAAGCAAUUUGACCAAGACCACUACUCCUUCUCGGCUGGUAAAAUGGCAGCAGUGUAUAGGUUUGAUAACCUUAGUUUUAACACUGCUGGUUUUAUAAACAUUUGGCAUACACAGUGCCUGUUACAUUAUGUUGCACUGACAAUACUGGACUGCUCAAAAAUUAUGCAAUAAUGUAGCACACAACAUAUUAACAAAACGUAUGCCAAGCUAGUAGAAAGAAAGUGGAUUUGACAGACUAUUUUCUUUCCAAUAUUUGUAGGGUUUUACAUUCAGAUUAAAGGUUGGGCGGAGGAAUUUGUAGCAGAUGGUAUAUUUUGUAUCUGGUUAGCAUAUAAACCUGUUGUUUAUCUUUCCAAACCCGAAUAUGUCGAGGUACGGUGCGUAUUAAUUAAUAGUACUAUUCAUAAUAAUGAUGACAUUGUAAGGAUGGGAUAUCCUGCGUGACAGACGAUCAGCCCGCGGCGGAACACCUACUGUAAAUGGAGAGGGGGCGAAAAAAGGAAGCCCGGAGGACGGUCUUUCUCCACUGACCGUCUGCCAGGCAGGCUAUCCUUAUAGGGUGUGAUUGGCUGUGAACCAGCAUUAUCUCCCAUCUAUCAAAGGGUUCCGAAGGGCAGUUGCCCCCCCCCCAAAAAAAAAAAUAGAAAUCCAAGGAAAUUCGAGCAACUGGAAAAUCAAGAUAUACUGUAUAUGAGCAAACUUGUCAAAAAGUCUGUUAAAUUGAUGUUAUUUAUUACAAUUUAUGUAAACAUUGGGCGAAUUUAAAAGAUUACUGAACCUCCGGAAACAAUUGACUAAUGAUAACUGUGUGCUAAUCCUUAUUAGUAUAUAUGUAUAUUAAGUAUCAUAUUCAUUUUACUGGAAAUACAUAUUUUUACAAAUGAAAUAUUUGAACAAAUGAAAUAUGACAAAAAGAAUUUAGCGAGUAGUAUUUAUAUAGACGAAUGACCUUUGUAAAUUUUGAAAGUAUUGCAAAUUAAAUUUUUCUGCUAAUUAUGUUUCUGCUAAUUAUUUUGCCAACAUGCCAAGUUUUACUUUCUUCAAAUGUUAUCGGUAUGAUUUCUCCGAUCAACUUGAAGAAAAAGGAAAACAAUUAACUAGUUGACUCCUUCAAUCCAUGGAAAGAAUUCUGAAAAUUUCGCUGCUUUAUAUGACACGUUCUAUUUAGGUUAAUUAUCAAUUAAUUCCAGAAGUACUCGUUAUGUUUAUGUCAAUGCUAUUUUUCUAAAAAUACAAAAGAGAAUCUGCGGGUCUUUAAACUUUUGCAGUGUCUAGUAUAAAACUUUGGAACAAAAUACCUCGGUAUUGACAUCAGAAAGGAAAAUCAUGUGGAAUAACAUUUUUAAGGAUCAACAAGUUUUACAUAAUUUGAACGUUUAAUAACUUCUAUCCAGUUCUAUUUGUAUAUACAGUAGAUGUAUUAUUAUUUUAGCUAAUUCUAUAGUUUUUACUGAAUUAUGAUAUAUGCAUGUAGAGUAUAAUUUAGGAGUGCCCCAAAUAGUUAUUGGCCAUUUGCUAUUUUAAAUAGCAAUUUUUAAUGGUACUCCCUUGAAAUCAUUAUAUAUUAGUAUAGCCGUAUAGGUAAUCAUGCGAUGGCGAGUGAUGUUUGGAAAUUUUGCCAAAAUUGGACGAGCCGCCAGGUCGAGCCCAAUUUGGCAAAUUUCCAAACAUCACGAUUACUAUUAAUCCCUAAUUGUACGAGCAACAUCGUAUGAUUACUUGUUUAUUAUUAGCAUGACAAAAUUGGAUACGUACUUCUCAAUGUCAACAUCAUAUUCUCUCGCCAAAGCCCAGUCCUGCCAGACAUUCAAACAACAUUUGGUGCUUUUGUUUGUAUUUUCAUUUAGUUCUUUUGUUAAAGCAAAAUUUGGUGCUUUUGUUCGUAUUUUCAUCUAGUUCCUCCACUGCAAUUUCAUUUCACAUUUGUGUUUAAAAUACCUUUCCCCCAUUUUGUUUGUUUUGGGAAAAUCAUUAAUUGUACUGCAGUACAAUUAAUGAAAUAAUUGUACUCCUCUCAACCAUUCAGCAUCCAGUAAUUCUGUCAUGCUAAUAAUAAUAAUUAUUAUAAUUUCAAUGGAAAUACUUCUACCAAUGCAGGUAUUACUGUCAAGUCAGACGAAUAUUACUAAAUCGUCGCUUUACAAUUUUCUUCAUCCAUGGCUUGGAACAGGUAUAAUUAUAACUCAAUUUAUUAUAAACGCUGCAUGCAGCCGCAGUGUUCAUGAAGUAUUAUAUAAUACCUUAUUGAAUUCUGAUAAUUUAAUUGGCUGUUUAUGGUCACGUGAUAUUGAAUAGAAAAUUCCAUUUCCCAAGAGUGCAAUGGAAUACGUUCCAUUGCACUCUCUGCGAGUGCAAUGGAAUAAAACGUAUAGUACAAUUGCACUCUUUGUUUUUUCGAUAAAUCGCAUCCCUCAAAAUGCUUCUCAUACGAAUCUAUUAGUCUAUUUUGGUAUUAUAUAAAACAAAUAAUGAAUGUUUUUUCGUGCAAUGGUAAGAAUAUUUUCAUUCGGUGAAAGAUGGAAUGUUCCAUUCAACUCGGCUGUCGCCUCGUUGAAUGGAACAUUCCAUCUUUCACCUCAUGAAAAUAUUCUUACCAUUGCACUCAUAAAUAUUCAUUAUUUGUAUAAUAUAUAGUUUUUUACAAUUUGAUAUUUUUCCUACAAACACAAUCAAAAUAAACUCGAAUCGACGUUAAACGACUACAUCAUGCAUGCAUGCAUGGUUGUGUCAUAAUGGCAUGCAUGCAUACGUCUUUUAAAGUUUGGAAGCACCAUAAUUUAUUUAGAAGUGGAAGUGACACAAAUAUUACGACUCACUGCGAAAUGACUAUCAGGACCAAUAAUAUAAUUUUACAUUGCAAUAUGUAUGCCCAUAGAAUACAAAAUAGCAUAUCUACUUUAUAUAUUUUAAAAAUUGGUAGUCCUACAGUUAAAAGUGUAAAACAUUAAAUUUGUUUUUGCCGUUUUGCACAAAAAAUAAAAGAAAACAAUGAUCGUGUUGAUUGCCAUGGCUAACAUGACGGCAUGAUCCGAGCAGCGCGAGCUUGCUUUCUGUGUUGUGUCGGCAUAAUUAAAAAUACUUCAUGUUGAAACAAUAUUUGGAAAAUUGUGCGAAGCUAAGGGUUGUUGCAUGCAUGUAUUUCUAGUUCAUGUUUAUUUGGUAAAACCUGAUCACGUGACAAUGAAAAUAAAUUCUCAGACAUGCAAUUUGAAAUGUGAUGCACUUGUGAUAGAGUGUUUAAUAGGAAAACUUAAUGACCAGGGGCCGGUUGUAUAAAACUCUUAAUCACUUUUUUAAUCACUAUUUUGUAGUUAAAUAGUGAUUAACUCUCAAAUAUGCGCUUCUUAUUGGAUGACGUUCGCACUUAAUUAUAGUUAACUUUAAUCACUUUUUUAUACAACCGGCCCCAGGCUGGUUUUCUCACUAUUCUGUGUUAGAUGGUUCAUAUAAUUACCAUUAGAAUUUUUUAUUUCCAUAUCCCAUUUUCAAUUUCUAAUCUUGAAAAGACCUUAAUACACGCUUCCGGAAAGUACGUCACCUUGGCUAUCGAGCCUCGUUCUCAUGAUUGCGACGCUUGGAUUGAACUAAUGUCACAUACACGAAAACGAGGCUCUGUAUAGCCAAGGUGCAUGACGUACUUUCUCGAUGGGUGCAUGUAUUCACUGUCACAAUUGUUUAUUUUUCUUCAUUUUUCUUUUAUCUUCAGGUCUGUUAACAAGGUUAGUUCUACUUGUUUAUUGCAUGCUUUUCAAGUGCAUAAAAUGAUAAAAUGACUUUCAUCAAGAACAUUUAAAGUUUACCAUUGUAAUUUUGUAUAACCAGAAAUAUCAGACUUAUAGUUAUAUUACCAUGAACUCGUCGUUUGUAUUAUAUAACGGCUGUUAACUAUAUUUUUUCAUAAUCCAAAUCCUUUAGUUAGCUUUUGUUUUGGGGGCUUUCGUUUCAUUAACAAGUAAGAAUUGACACUCUUCUUGGAAACAAGACACGUAAAAUAUACAUACAUCAAGCUGAGUGUUACCAGCGAGCGACACUGCGAGUUAUUGAGUGUGUGUGUGGGGGGGGGGGGGGUUGCAAAAAUACAUACUCAUUUACAUAUCAAACAAAUUGAAAUAUCUCGGGAACAAACCAUAAAAGAAGAAACUGAAAAAUAAGUUACACUACAACUUAAAGAGUUUUUUCAUUUAAGAAAAUAAGAAAUUUCAUGUCAUAUGCACUUUAUAAGUCGUGCUAUAAUUAGUUUAAUUUAUAGCAAUUAGAGAUUUUUUGGUGUGGGCAGUGCCUCCCCUGCCCUCCCUUUCCCCUAUAGUGUCCGGCACUAAGUGUUACCAAAAACAUAUUUUGUCUUCUACUUUAGCACCGGUAACAAAUGGAAAUCUCGCCGAAGGCUUCUUACACCGACAUUUCAUUUCAAGAUUUUAAACGAGUUCGUUUCUAUUCACCAAAAACAAUCUGCUAUUCUAGUCGAAUUACUUCAGGUAAGAUUAUUCUCAUAUUUAUUUAGAAAUAAAUCGGUUAUUACAAUGAUGUAGCAAAAUAUGCCUGGAAUGUUUCGUACUAUAAUCUAUACUGUAUAUAUGUAUUAAAUAUAAAGUAAGUAAGAGCACCUUUGAUGAGUUAUUGAAAUUCGUCUCAAAAAGGUUUUGGUUCUGAUUUGGUUCAGCAGAAAGCUAAGAAUCUCAGUUCGGUUUUGUUUUUAUUUGUAACAUUUAUGGAGUUAUGGCCGAUUCAUUGCAAAAUAUCUAAAACAUAUCAUAGCACUCAAAGAAAUAGCUAUAAUAAACGAACAGCGAAAUAAGAAGGAUCUGAACACCAUGUUUUAGAACAAUUUUAUAAAAUUUAUUUUUCCAAAAUAUAUAUGUUCAAACCGUCAACAGUAUUAUAGGCCGCGCCGUGCACGAAUGUGGCGAGAUUGUAAGUUUUUCAAAAUAAUUCAUGAAAUGUUUUAUUUAUUGUCAAUUUCACACAUUGUCAAUAUACACCAAAUACUGACAUAAACGAUUAGAGUAAUUGUUAAUUUAUUUGUUUAAGGCUAAAGCUGGCAAGGGUGAAUUCGACAUGGUUCCAUACAUCACACUUUGUGUCUUGGAUAUUAUAUGUGGUAUGAUAUUUAUUAUUAUUAGGCCUAUAUAGUAGAGAGUGAGAUACUGAAAAAUACACAGUGAGAUAUUUUCCAUAUCUUCACUAGUGAAGAUAUCGAUCACGUGACUUUUUCCAAUUUGCUUGUGAGUGAAAUUUCACAAUUUUUUGCUUGGACUGUAUAAUAAAUAGAACAUUACACGGUGGCUUGAAGAUAUGACUUUUAUCUUCUCGUGUUAGAAACAAUAUUUUACUCACUCGCUGCCCUCGUUCAUAAAAUAUUGUUUUCACCACUCGAAGAUAAAAGUCAUAUCUUCGCGCCGCCGUGUAAUAUCCUCUAUUUAUAUGAUUCUGUCAUUUAUAUAUAGCGCCAUUUCCCAUAGCUCAAUAUGGCGCUUAACAUUAGUGUUAAAAAUAUUUACAAAGUGUUAGAACAUAUUGCAUGUAUUAACUACUAAAAUUAAAGUUACUAUAUAUCAGUGUUCUUUUCAUUAAGAAUAUAAAAUUACUUAAUGUUCAUGUAUGCAUGUUGACAAUAUUACAUCACCAACCAUAAAAUACAUAGAGAUUACUUCAUAGUUGAUGAGCGCGUACGAUUUUUAUGCACGAGUUGCGAAAAAUUCCUAUAAACGAACGAGUGAGCGCAGCGAACGAGUGAGUUUAUAGGAAUUUUUCGCAACGAGUGCAUAAUAAAAAUCGUACAAGCGAAUCAACCAUGAAGUAAUUUGUUUAUUAUACGAGUUAUUAUAUAUUAGAGUGAAAUUUAAGUGCUGAACGAUAGACACAAUUCAAACCAAACGUUUCAAACAUAUAUAACAUGCAUCAAAAAGUACAACAAUAGCUACAACAAAUAAAUUAUUUCGCUUUAAAAUUCUUGUAUUAUUAUUCUCCUGUUGUUCAAUGAAUUCGCUUACGGAUGGUGUCUCUGCGAAGCGUGAAGCCAUUUCAAAUCAAAAGUCGAACGGACAUCUAAAAAAACUGAUUGUUGUUUUCUUGUACGCCAGUGGCGCGGCGAGAAAAGUAAAUACGAAAUUUUUCACUAGUGACAAAUUCCGUACGUCCAAUGAGAAGGCUAAUACGACGUUCUUCACUAGUGGCGAAUGUCGUAUGUCCAAUGAGAUCCUCAGACAUUUUAGGCAUAUGCGGUUUUUAUUCGACAACUUUAUCGCGUAUAAAAUUCAAUACUCAUAUAAUAAUAUAAAAUUACUAAUAGACAGUGUUGUUAAAGUAAUAGCUUAGUCAUAAUACUGUUUAAAAAAUAUGUAUUUAAUUUAAUCUUGUUUUAAAAAUGUGCAUGCAUUUCUAAUAUACUCUGGCAGUUCGUUCCACAGUUUCGGUGCAUGCAGCAUAAUAUGAGAACAACUGUUCACCAUAGUUCAUGUCUAGUCUUACUGCAUGAGUGUAUGGUAAGGAAUCCUUUGUAAAUUUACUGAUGCUGUGAAAGGUUAUUAGCAUAUUAUUAAUAUAGGCUAAAUAAUGUGAAGCUAAACCAUUCAGAGAGUUAUAUGUAAUAAGAACAGUUUUAUAGAUGAUGCGUUCACUGAUUUGUGUAAUAUGAUCGUAUUUUUGGCUCCCUGUUACCAGACGAUCAGCACAGUUUUGCAGACUUCUGUAACCGAUCAAUACGAAAUUUAGGCAGUCCAUAUAAUAAAGAAUUACAAUUAUCCAGUUUCGAUAUAAUAAUGGCAUGAACUAAUGUUUGGAUAUCUCAGGGUUCGUAGCGGUCUUUGAAAUCCUUGAAAGUCUUUAAAUUUGAAUGCAGGUCUUUAAGGUCUUUGAAAAGUCUUUGAAUUGUGUGAAAAAGCGAAGAAAGUCUUUAAAAGUCUUUAAAUUCUUUAGUGAGGAAUUGAUUAUAUGAUCUAUAAUGGUAAUAAAAUAUCGAUUGAUUAGCUGAAUUGAUAUUAGAAGACGGAUUUCCGUCUAACACGGGAAACUCGUCUUAGACGAGAAACUCGUCUUGAUAUAAAUUCGGUAACGACGGGUUUUCCGUCUCAACUUUUCCGUCUAACUUUCCCGUCUGAACGACGGGAAAGUUAGACGAGUUUCUCGUCUUAGACGGAAAUCCGUCUUAAAUCCGUCUUAAAUUUAUAGCAGACGAAUAAAUCAAGACGGGUUUCUGCUCGUAACGUUCAAAAGAGACUGGGAUGGAGGGUCUCCUAUUUUUUUGGGUUUAACCGUCCGAUGGUUUUCGUUUCACACUUAUACCAGACGGAAAUCCUUCACACGAGUUUCCCGUCUUAGACGGAAAUCCGUCUUCUAAUAUGAAUUCGCAAAUAUCGACGAAAAGGUGCACGUACAUUUUAUGAUGUGAUUUGACGGAACUAUAAUUACCGAGUAAAAAUGGUGCUUACACUCGCAAUUUUUCGACAGCUGAUUGCUCUCAAAGGUCUUUGAAAAGUGUUUGAAAAUAGGCAGAAAAAGUCUUUGAAGGUUGCAAAUGUUGGUAACAUGUUUAUCCAUAGACAUGUGUUGAUCGAAAGUUACACCAAUGUUACAUGCUGAAGUACUUGGUUGAAUUCUUGAAUUAGAUACUUCUACAUAUUCUACAGCACGGCAUAAACGAUUUCGUGUAUUGAUUACUAUAGUAACUCAGUCAGUCUUGUCCCCAUUCAAUUUCAAUUUAUUUUUGACCAUCCACAGAUCAAUCUCUUUCACACACAUUUCAAUUUGUACCAGUGCUGUCAAUUUUUCCUCGGUUGGUUGAUUCAAAAGCGAUAUAUAAUUGUGAGUCAUCUGCGUAAAAGUAAAAGUCGUGAAGUGUAAAUAGAGUUCUCUCGCUUAUGCGUGCAAUAGCAGAUACAAAGAAUUAUUUGGAACGGAAAACGUAGAAUUAAUAUGAGAUCUUAAUCACGUGCAUGGUACAUUUUGAUAUUCAUUUCCGUGUCCUGCAAGUUACGUGUGGUCCGUUGUCCUGCACGCUACAUAGUUGGCUGGUAAAACUGGAAAAAAAUGCUUCUAAAAACGUCCACGCAUGGCAUUUUUUGUUAAAAGCUGGCAACCGCAACGCAUUAAUUUGAUUACGCUUAGGCCUGUUUUAUACGUCGAAUUUCGGUCGCGUCGAAUGCAAUUCAAACAAUAGAUAAUUAAGCUUAAUGAGGUUUAUUGUCUCAUUAUCUAUUGUCUUAAUUGCAUUUGACACGACCAAAAUUCGACGUAUAUAAAACGGGCCUUAGUUUUUUAGGUUUGGUUGUUGCCGCGCUUGGACUUUCAGUUGUAAAAUGUUAUUGGUUUUUUGACAGUAUUAGAACCCGCAUUUGCAGGUCUGAAAUCCACAACUUUUCGAACAGCGUGAAAGAAAAACAGUUCUGAUUGGCUAUCGUUAAUCACAUGCGUUCUCUUGUUGGUCAAACAAAAAGAAAGUGCUUUCAAGCAGAAUGUAAACAAAGAUUUUCGCUCGCGCAGACAUGCGGAACACUUGAAAGGACUGCUUGAAAGGAUUUGUUUUAAUUGUUUAGCCCAAAAGAGAACGCAAGUAAUAAAUGAUAACCAUUCACAACUGUUUAUUUGUCCCGACUCUCGACAUUCGCAAAUAUCAGCAAAUGCGGGAAAUAAUAUUGUCUAAACACUACUGAUAUUGUAAUACAUUGAGCGAAUGUUAUAUAGAACGUGUUUGUUCGCAUUUCACUGUGAGUUUAUUUGGAUUAACUGAAAAAAAAUAUGUUGCAGUAAUACUUUGAUUUUCUGUAUUGCCACAAUUAAAUUUUUAGAAUGUAAACAAUUAAUUAAUAUCUAAUAAUUGGUAAAACAAUAAACAGAGGAAAAUAAUAACAUUGGUGGCACAACCUGUAUCUAUGAAAAUAUUAUAGGAUGAAAAAAAGCAAUUUUAGCAAAAUACUUAUACUGAAAUUUGACAAUGAUCGUUGGGGCACAAUAUCACUCAAAAACCAAACAUAUUUAUACACAAUAUUCUCGACAACAAACAGAACUACUGCAUGCAUAUUUCAUUCAUAUUACGUAAGUUGAUCAUUCUUUGUGAACAUCAGCAGAUAUUUAUCAUUUAGACUUAAUUAACAAAAUUCGAAACUUUAAUAAUUUUUUUUCGCCUUAUUUUUUCAGAGACCUCUAUGGGUUUUGAUAUCAAAGCUCAAUUCGGGAGUAACCCGGAAUAUACUAAAACCGUAUUCAGGUAUUGUGCGAUGUACUUUUUCCACAUUUAAAUCAUUUUAAUAUAAGAUACAUGAAAAAAAUACUCAAUUCUGAUUGGCUGUAAGAGUAACGCAAUUUUUAUUGAAACUGUCUCUUUCAUGACAGUUAAAAAUUAAAUUGUUGCCUCAUUCAAAUGUCUGAGUAAACUAUGUACUUCGCAUUGACUGUGGAUUUGCUUCUGCGUUAUUUUCUGUAUAUUAUUAAUAAGUAUUAAUAGACAAGUGCGGAAAAAUCAUCGUCUUUGAUCGUCUUUGAAAAUUCACUCAUGCAUUUUUUCCAAAUGGCACUGCAAACCAUUCUAUUACAUAAUACAGUAUACUAAUAUACAUUUUACGAAAUAGAUUUUCCUAACAAAAUAGCGCAUAAUAAUUCGCAAAAUAUCGUAUUCAUAGUGCAUGAGCAUUAUCUCGCAAGAUAUGAAACACUUGCUUGUUUUCUCUACAAUGUUUCCACUUAUCAUCUUAAUGUUAGAUUUGUUUUCAUGCUAUCAUCAUAUACCCUCCAACUUCUCUUCCAUUGUUUUGUCGCUAUAGCAUGUGCGAACUUAUUCAAGAACGUCAAAAAUAUCCAUGGCUGUGGCCAGACACAAUUUUUAACAUGACGUCUUCGGGAAGAAAGCACAAAAAAGCUCUGGAUAUUCUCCAUGGUUUUACAAACAAGGUACAUUUUAGGAAGAAAGAUUUUGAAAUCCUUUGUCACAAAAUAUAAUGCUAAUAUAUGGCAUGCAAUAUAGUUAUUGUGAAGACAAGUUAUACAUUAGUAAUGCACAAAAUAUUUAAUUUAAACAAUGUCAUGCAAUAAAAUUAUAUGAAUAUUUAUUUAUCUAUUUUAAUUAAACUUUACUUAAUGAUGCUAUCCCCCUGUCUAAAAGCUGGUUUCAAUGGGAGGAGAGGAGGGCGUCCGGUCUAAAGUUGGGAGGGGAGGGCGAAGUCUAAAGUUCAUCAAUAAUCGCGGACGCGUGACUAUUGGUCAUGGGUGCAUGGACCUCACUGAUCUCAGAAAUAUAGCUGUUUGCCAGAAGUGGGAUAAGCAAGAUUUCAAAUUUCAAAAACUUAUAUUUGGAAAAUCACGUUUGCAUACAAUGAGCUUUGACGAAAUUUUUGUUUGAAGAAAUGAGAAGAAUUUAUUUACUAUGGGAAAUCGUGAGAUAUCGGGGUUUUGCUUUGACUGUUUAUAAUGUUUAUGAAUUUUGUUGAGCACUUUUAUUUCCUGCGUAAAACAUGCAGCUUUCCUUUUCAUUUUCAAUUUCGAUCAAAGGGCAAAUUAAAAUUUUCCUACAGUACAUAAUUCAGAAAUUCAUUGUUCUAUAGUUAAAAGUAGUAGUCUUUUAAAACGAUUUUGCCGUUUUGUACAAAAAUAUUUAAAAAAUAAAAUUUAAAAAUACCGCUUUGUCAUGGCAACACACAACGCCACAACGCGAGCCUGCGUUCGGUGUUGGCCAAUUAUGAAUACUUCAUGUUAAAUCAGUGUUUGGAAAAUAUAUAGGCGAUCGGAUUAUACUGCAUGUAUCCAUUUCUAGUUUAAUUUUUCGACCACCCCCUCUCGCAUCAUAUUACGACACAAUUUUUCUAAUAUAAAUAUCUUGGAGAGUAUUUACCCCCCUUAUAAAUAAAUACCACCAUUGUAAUCCUCACAAAAUAACCUUUCAAACGGGGGGUCAAGUGCCGUCUGAACAUUACACAAACCGAAACAAUCAUAUAUUUACUCACCGCUUGGCCAAAGAUUCUAAAUUUCAUAUACACAAGAUCUUGAAUAUCUCUUGAACAUUUCGUCAUUUGCUAAACGGCUAUAUGUGUAAAAUACUCUUUGUAUUCAAGCGCUUUUGUGUAGAAAGUUUCGUAUGUAUACGCCGACUAGAAAUAUUUAUUUUGAAUUUUUCAAGAUAUCGGGUUUUACUCGCACUUGCGAACAUUGCGCAAUAAUUGGCCAAUAAGAAGCUCCUGUUGGCCGGUAUGACGUCAAACUCACGCGUGUAGGUGCAAUUUGACCUUGCGAAUUCAUUUCUGGCCUUGGCAGGGUCAUACAAUACAAGCUUCGCAUUGUUUUGACGAUUUUCAGUCGUAUUUCCGGUUGGGAUUAACUCACUUCGAGCUCACAGUCGGGCAAGAAAUAAAAAUAUAUUGAUAAAAGAUACAGAUUUGAAGAUACAGGCUUGCAAAUAACACUCUAAGUAGUGUUUUUAAUGGGGAUUUUAACAAGACUAUUACAAAGACGAUAUGUUCGAAGGGGCCGAAGUUAUUUUCGGCGAAAGGUAUGAAUAGUCUAUAUUUUUGUUCAGACAAUUGCGUAAUUUGAUACAAUAUGAUCGUGUUUGACUUCAAAGGCCCAUAAAUCGCUACAAUGUUGAUAAUGACUAUAACUAUAGGGAGGAAUUAGUUGAAUCUUUUCUUUCUGAAUCGAAUGGUGGUAUUUCUGUCUUCAUAGCAUGCACUGAACCGAAGAUAUUAAAUAUCUUGCAAUCGAUCAGUGCUGAUCGACGCAACUGGGACGUGGUGGAAAAGAGUUAGAUAAAUAUAAGGUUGCGGUGUGACGCAUUUUUAAAGACAUAAUUCGAUGGAGGCUGCAACAUCAGCCGGAAGUACAGUACAUUCCAUUACUUAACUCUGUAUUUGAACGGUUUUUUUUCUCUUUUCGGCAUUGGGAGUCAAAGAUUUAUUUUAUUAUUUCUGAGAUGAUAUGCGCUGUUUGGAUAUUCGAAGCAAAAAUUUGUUUCAAAUUGGGAGCGGUGUGGUUAUUAAUGAUUUUAUAAAGAAAGAUACAGAUUUGUGCAGGUCACGUUUUACAUUAAGAGAUUUCCAAAGUCCUCCGCAGAUCUGAUUUCACAAUUGGCUCCAGGAAACUCUGGAACUUAGUCAAAAUAAGACUGAAUUAGAGCUCUCUAUACAGUUUGCAAGGUCAAUAUAUUUAUAGCAGAUCAAUAAUUGUCAUUCAGAAACGUAAGUAAUUCAACACACUUACUAUACCGAGUGGUAAAUCCAAACAUUGUAUUUUUAUUGAAGGUAAUCAAUGACCGUAUUAAACAACGGAAAGAGCAUCAAGACACAAAUGAAGAUGCUUCAGAUGUUACGGCGAUAUAUUCAUCCAGUAAUCGUCGUAUCCGAGCAUUCUUAGAUCUCUUGCUGGAAGAAUAUGAUCAAGGAAAUAUAACGAAGGAAGGAGUGAGGGAGGAGGUCGAUACUUUCAUGUUUGAGGUAGGAACUUCAAUUUCUAUGAAAUGGUCCACUUUCUCUUGACUUAGUAAAAUAAAGAUUACAUUCCAACCGCUCACUGUUUACAAUUAUAACCUUUAAGGUUUAUACUUGCAAUUUUUGCUGCAAUUUUAGGUGCGAUUUUCCUCUCCUGAUGUAUGUGAACGAGUAGAUGAGUUAUGAAUGUUCACAUGUGGUCCAAUUAUAUUACUCAGAACAUUGCUAACUUAUUUACUCGUUCACAUCCAUCAGAAGAAGAAACUCAUACUAGAAAUCGCUGCAUUUUAAACCUACAGUUUUAUCUUCCUAGCACCCUUUAUCUCGUAACGACUUACAUCCAAUGCAGAAAAAUGGAUUUUACAUUAAAUCGAAGCUUAUUCAAUACUAAAUAACUACGAUAAAACGACAUUAUUGAUAUUGACAAUAAAAAAAUGAUUGUGUGUAGUUUGUCAUUUGGUAAGAAAAUGUGUGAUUUUCAUAUUACUAUGGCAACCACAAUGUUUGCAGCUGAUGAAAUACUGCAUGUUGAAACAAUUAUGGGCGUCUAAGCGAUAAAAAGGGCGACGCAUUGCUCCAUGCAUGUAAUUCUACAGUAGUUAUACCUCAAUACCUGAGUUUAUUCUAUUAAGUCCCAGAAAGUCGCAAAUACUGUAUCACAGCACAAAUUUACACUUCCAUGCAGGGCCACGAUACAACAGCAGCAUCAUUACAAUGGGUUAUCCAUCUUGUUGGCCACCACCCUGACGUUCAAUCUCGGUUACAAAAGGAAGUGGACAAUUUUUUUGGUAAGUAAAUUUGAAGGUCAAAUCAAAUUGGAAACCUAUUCAAAAUUAGCUUUGUGUCAUCAAAUGCGAUCACAUGUAAUUUGAUUUUGUCCUCGUGUCGAUUUGUUAGUGUUUUAAUACUAACUUAUGUUACCCCACCGAAAAAGUACAAACAAGAAAGCUUUAAUUAUAUCCUAAAAUAAAAAUAAGACAGGCCGAUGUUAGUCAACGCCAACUGACCAGAUUUUGAUUUAAUUUUACGAAUAUGGAUGAGCAAUGAUUCGAGGGCAUUGUGUAGGCAAUGAAAUAUCUGAUUAAUACAGACUGAAAUAUCUGAAUGAGAUAGUACUAUUCUUAAAAGACUAUCGUUUUUUAACAGAAUCUGUACCGGUCGAUGGAAAUAUAAAGCCAGAUCAACUCAAGGAUUUAAAUUUUCUCGAGUGUGUGGUGAAGGUAUGUUUCAUUCCUAUAUAAGGCGUAAGUCCGUAGCUAGGGUAAUAAAUUACGCCCAGGUACUGUAUUUACACCUGGGUUAACGGAAGGGAGCUAAAAGGGUCUAAAAGUCGUCGAUUACCGCGGGCGUUUCGCUAUGUUAUCAUUGGCGGACCUUCCACUGACAUAAAAAAUAUGGCGGAAUGAGGCGAUGUAGGUGGAAUGAGGCGAUAGCCUGGGGGAUAGCGAGGAGUGGAAUGAGGCGAUAGGGCGGAUAGUGAGGAGUGGAAUGAGGGGAUGGGCUUACUUGAUAUGAGGUGCGCUACCUCCGUUACCUCCACAAUUGUUUAAGAAAUAUAUGAUUCUCACAAACAAUGAAAUUUCACAUACAUGAAAGUCCCUUGGUCGAAGCAAGGAAAGAUAAAUUUGUGGUUUUGAUCAACAUCUUGUCUGUCUUACUCUUUCAACACAGUCUUAAUUGCAAUAGAAAAUAUACCAAUAAUACGCCUUAGUAUACAUUUUGCAUAUCAAAUGAGCUUUCGCGCGUUCAGAUUGGCUAGUUGACUACUAAAUCUGACGCAUAAUUUACUAGCAGACUAGCAAAUAAUGCUUUUCAAAUAGAAUGAAUCUGCAAAUUUGGUUUCAAAAUCGGCAAAAUAUUGAAAAAAUCGUCCCAGAAAAAGGAAAAAAGCACAAAUGUUGUAUUUUAAUCGAAAUGUAGGAUUUAUUUAUUAUUUUACUGUGUCAAACAUAUAUUCACAGACAAUUUAAAACUUAUUUUUAAAUAAUAGUUUUAAAAAACUCCGAAACAUUUCCUUCAAACAAAUAGCAAAAACGAUCCCGACUGUUUGGAAAAGCCGUGACAUUCUUUUUAAAACAGUUUUCUUUUUUAUCCUAUAAAUAUCUCAAUUUGUACGAUACUAUUUCUUUUGAUAUGUCGUGUUUUCAUUGUGCUGCAUGUAUGGUGUCUUGACGCUGUAUUGUACUAUUGUGUUUUUGAAACUAGUAGACUUAGUGAAAAGUGUAUUAAAACUUUUAUAUUUCGAACGACAUAGUUUUACAUUUCAUUUUACCAAAUUUCUCAGCCAUUUGCUGAACAAAUUAAUGCUGAACAGAAACUAUUUUUUAAUUCUAAAAUUAUUUUCUAUUUACAGGAAGCCCUACGAUUGUUUCCAUCAGUGCCACUUCUGGUGCGGGACUUGACAGAGGAAUGUAAAUUUGGUAAGAAAAUUUGAAUGUGGUGACAGAAGGCUAUCGCUUCUCCACACACAUUAUGUUUUCAAACGAUCUAUCAAAUUCAGGAAGAAAUUUCAGGAAGUAAAUUCAAAAGAACUGGGGCCGGUUGUUGAAAAGCCAUCAACUUAAUCCUAGUUUAAAGUGGCUAUGGCACGAAAUUUCACCCCAAAGGUUUAUUGGUGCAUUGUAAAGAUCACCUAAAGUGAUUUAAUAAUUUCUUUUAUAGAAUUUUGGUAACUUGCUCCCUUUUCAAGAUAUUCAACUUUGUUUCAUAUGCAAAUAUCACCGGUGUGACAUCACAUCACAUAAUGAGUUUUCAGAAAAGUAUAGUUUUCUUGACGAAUACGUAUCUAAAAAACUUAAAAAUUGCCUUUGUAUAUGUCUUAAUUUCAUAACUGCUAAUUAACCCUCUGUAUUUGUUUGUAAAAAUAUUUUAUCAAGGUAAAAUAUUACAUUUUCAAAAUGUCAUUAUGCGAUGUGUUGUCACACCGGUGAUAUUUGCAUAUGAAACAAAGUUGAAUAUCUUGCAAAGGAAGCAAGUUACAAAAAUUCUAUAAAAUAAAUUAUUAAGUCAAUUUAAGUGUUCUUUACAAUGCAAUCAUAAACAUUUGGGAUGAAAUUUCGUGUCAUAGGCACUUUACCCUAAAAUACAAAGCGAACUUCCCAACAACUUGUUUAUAAACUUGGAAAUAUUUCUUCAGAAGUCUUGUGUGGAUCAAUGAGAGUUUUCUUUUCUGAAGUUUUGAAAUAAACAGAUGUGCAGAAAUACCGAAAUUGAAACAGCAGGUUAAAUUUUAACCCAUGCAGCGCUAGCGAUAAUCACGCUUUGAACAACCGGCCCCUGAAUGUUUAAUCAAUGUCUGUAUUGGUUUUUGUAGCCUGAAUCUAUAGCUUGAAUUUUCUUGGCUAAAACAAACAAUAUCGCCAAAAUUAUCGGUAAAAAAAUGUUUCCAUCCGAUCUGUGUCUGAUUUUCAACCGCUGCCGUCUGAUUGGUUUAUUUGUUUACGUGAUCGCUUUUAUAUUCACUCGUAUAGAAGGUAAACUUCAAGUUUUAUGUUAUUUUCCACAUGUGGUUUGCCAACUUUACAAGCCAAGUUCUCUACUUCCGCUUCCGUGGAAAACACGAGCAUGUUUGGGAGGGAAGUGGAGGUAGAAAGCCUGGCUUGCGAGCUUUGUGGUUUGCAUAGACCGCACAGCGAUUUUACGAUUUGUGGAGGAGGGGAGGGGGUGGUGUCCAGUUUAAAUCAGUUGGCAGCGAACUUCGUAAGGAAUAUGGGGGUCCCGCCAGGAAAUUUUGACAACUACGAGCCUGGAAAGUGCAUUUCCAGCUAUUUCCCACAAUAACUUACUUAAAGUAACCAUGUGCAUAAUGCCUGACGAUAGUCAAACAUGUCUGACUGAAAAUGAAUGAAGAUUUUUGUAAAAGAACAAUUACACAAAGAUGCAACGGUCAAGUCGAGGGUUACUCUGCUUUGAAAAUCACGUAGGAAAAUCCCAAAGCACUUUCAAAACUAAUAUGCUUCACCCUUGAAAACUAAUGUUGGGUUAAGCCAAUGGUAGAGUCACGUAAAAAAGGAGAAAUAUAUUUCAACCUGAGCAUGCAACUAUUAGUAUUUAUUACAGAACUAGUUUACCAAUUUCCCAAACCAAACACGAAUAAAGGGCAUAUGCGUUCUGUCUUAUAAAAAUUAUUGGGGGAAAGGCUGAAGCCCUGGUUGGUCCUAGGUUUAUCUCACCAGGGCAUCUUUUCUAUCGGAGAAAACCAUACAUCACUUUCACCGGGGCAUUGAAUAACCCAGGUUAUGCUUGAGUGAAAUCUUGAUCACAUAUGUGUAGGUCAUAAUAGUAGUAGUUAGGGCGCUUAUAUAUAGAGCGUUGAAACGGCAAUAUAGGCGCUGAUCGAUGUGUGAUGCAAUGAAAUGGUAACGAGCGUCCUUGUUGUUGCUAUGGUGACGUUGUCUCAUGGCAAGAUAAAUAUGGAGGGAAAACUGGGAUCGAAGUUUUUACUGUUUUGUAGUCAAGUUUUGAUGGAGAAAAUGUUGGGCUAAAAUUCCGCUGUUAUACGAUAAUAUAGUAGAUUCUGCUAUUGUAUUUUCAGAUAUUACUGCCAAUCUUUCAGAGUUUUUGCUCAAAAUGCUUGCGAAAGCUUACGAAUGGUUGCGCAAGAAGCAUCACGUAAAAGGUUUUUAAAACUCUUCGUAUGUACACGCGUAUCGGCAACUCAUAAUGGAUUUUAGCCACUAAUUAAGCUAUUCAAUUGAAAAUGAAGAAACGCUCAACUUGAAUUUGUAUUUACUCGCUGGGGCACCUGUGCCCCAGACGAGUAUAGGUUUCGGCUUGCAUUUUUCACGGUCGGCAUUCGGCAAUCUCUAAUAGUGGAUCUCCAAUCGUCGAUAGCCACAAAAUCAUGGGCGUACCGGGCGGGGGGGGGGGGCGGCAGCCCCCCAGUUUGUUGGGCAGUCGGGCAAUAUUCGCUCAACAGUCGGGCAAUUUUACUAUAUUAUAAAAAUAAAUGGGACAAAUUCUGUCAAUUUUGAGGUAAUUUUUUUGAUUUUUCGAAAAUAUGUGUGAUGUUGCGAAAAAUAUUGGUAUGUCUGAAAAAAUUUUUGACCCCUAAAAUGGUACACUGACCGAAACUUUUUUGGCGACGGGGGGGAAGGGGGGGGAGGUCGCCAAAAUAAAUUCCGGAAAAAAAAUUUUCGGUACUGCUCGGGCACAAUCCGGACUAGUCGGCAAAUUUGUUUCCGCCCCCCUAAUUUUUUACUUCCGAUACGCCCAUGCACAAAAUAGAAUAUUAAUGAGCUGCUUGAUCCUUUUCAAAUUGGCUGGGACUUUCGUGGAGUGGGCGAAAUGUUUCAAACAAUUUCGUGACAAUUUUGAAUCAAUUGUACCUGUUUUCUAUGGAUUUUGCAUUGUGUCUAACUCUGGAUAUUCUUGCUAGUUUAUUUAAUGCGUUUUUCUUGGUGCUCGACUCUGAAAAUCCGAAAUUUGGAUCGUUGAAUUCCCGUGCACGAUCAUAUUAAGAUACUGAAUCUGAAUAUAAACGAGCCAAGGACAAUUUCAAGGUAAAAGAUUAUAACUUAAACUGCACAACGUAGUUUUAAUAAAUAACUACUUUAUGAGAGCAUAUUGGUGUCAUAUCAAUAUGAAAUUUAUCGAACAACAGUCCGUGAAAACUGCAGUGUACUCAUGAUCAGUGUGAAAUAUGAUAUUGUAUUUAUAAUGCCUAUUAAUGGCGCAAUAAAGAUAAAAAUACCACCGUUCGAUUCAGCGUAAGAAAUUGUACUUUUUAAAUACGAUAAAAUAUCGUAUUUCGCAUCUGAUCUGUAUCUGAUAUACAAACUCUCGCCUUCGGCUCGAGUUUGUAUAUCAGAUACAGAUCGGCUGCUCAUGUUUUAUCUAGUACUUGAAAAAUCGCUCAAAUUAUAAAAAAUGCAGUACGUGUGAUCCUUGAUAACUUUGGUAUCGUUGGUUUUCUCUUUUUCGGCCGUAUACCAGUAGCCUACGGUGUAGACCCCGCAGAAACACGUUUCGUGAGAGGUCUACACCGUAGGCUAUAUACCAGUAGAUUCGUCUCACUUCUCUCUUCAUUUUGAUAAUAUUUGGAGCACAUAAGCCCCAAAAUAUUUAGUGUGUCGAGCUUUCGCACUCGUAGUCGACUUUUCCGCUUAGCUCGGGGCCAGGCUUAGAUCUUAAUUGAAAUAGCUGUGUACUGUAUCUGGUAUCAUAUACAGUAAUGUGCGUAUUUCUAUAGCCCCAGCGAGUUAACGCUACAUAGAGCGUCUUGUUUCUUAACGAAUCCUUACGCGAGAAGUCAUCUCGGCCAGCCAGCCAUAAAAUUUCAAAUUCAAAGUUGGGACGAAUCUAUUUCGACUACUGCGUUCAACAUACGUCCGAGCUGCCUCGUCCCCAGGCGCUAAUUAAAAAUUUCAUGCGAGUCACUAUAUGAAAGAUUUACAUGAAGUAGUGGCAUCGCGAUGAACAAGCGCAGGGGGUUAUCCCACUCCCCUUUGCGCGCCUAGAAUGUGACGCACUACUUCAUGUAAACCUUUCAUAUAGUGACUCGCAUGAAAUUUUUUUUAUUAGCGCCUGGGGACGUGGCAGACGUCCGCGCCAGUCGUAUUAAGUGGCCGUGCAAGAAGUAAAAUAUAUUUACGGUUUAGAAUUACUUCUAUUGAAUGCCUUAAAAGUCAUAUAAAAUUAUUAACAUAAUAACAAAAAAUCAUUCCAUGGCCAAAAUACAAUUGUUAUACAACAGUACCCGCUCACACGCGUGCGUCUUGUGCUCCAAGAAUAACAAAUAGCUAGAUUAAUGCAUGACUCCGUCCACAUAUUGACCUUUAUGUACCACGCGGGAGGCGCGCGUGUUUUGACACUAUUCAUCAUUUCGUGGGCGUAAUAAAGUCUCAAAAUGUCUUCUUUCAAAUCUUUCAAGUCUUUUUGGGUGGGCAAAACUAAAACUUAGGACCAUACGUUAUACAUUGCAAAGUACCUGUAUAUCAAAUCAAUUUUAAAUUUUGCGCCAAAAUCCGAACGACUUAAUAUGUUAUUAUUAUUAUGAUUAGAGGUAUGCGCCUUGCGGAUUACUGUCAAAUGGCGCUUGUCAAACAGCAGAUGAUAGCAAGUUGUAGCGUUUGUAAAUUCACUUGCGUCUCACUAAUAAAUACACGAAAUAUUGUUGUGCAAAGCUGAUUCAAAUUUUAAAUAACUAUAUAUAUCAACGAAUGUUUGAAAUGGGAAAAUAUUUGGUUCUAUUGAUCCCGUUCGGUUUUAUAGUGCAUUCCUCAUAUAAUAUUUUUCCGGCUUGAUAAAUAACCUACAAUUAUGCAAUAGAGGAUUUAGUUACCACAAUAUGCCCCUAAUUCGUCUAUAUAUUUAUAGUUGUAUAUGUCUUUAGUAGCAAUCUAAUCACAAUUUCGCACCCUCUUUACAAUAUAAAUAUUAUCUAUGUUUUAAGUCGGCAGUAAUAAAUCUCAUAUUGUUCAUUCUGAUAGCCAAAUUAUUGCUUUUGAAGCGGUAAAGAUUUGAGAUUCCUGUUGUUGCGUGAUCGUCUUACAACAUUGGAAUGUUCUUGGAAUGUUAAUUUUGUAUAUUUAUGUGUGUAUCCGCUAAACUUCGCUGACCGCGGUUUUUAGUCAAUUUAGUACAUUAACAACGCUUUUGUUUAGUGGAAACCUCGCAGUUUACGAAACGAAUCAGCCCCUGCUUCGAGCUGGCUUCGCUUCAAAAUAAUGUGCGCUUAUUGACACCAGAGCAUAGUGUCAGUUGCAUAUUAUCGAAAAUAUAUAGAAUUCUGAACGGUGUAGGAACAGGGGCUGAUUGGAUCCAUAAUCUGCGAGUACUUAAGAACGUUAAUGCGUAAAUGUUAGUGUAUCUGAGUGAAUAUCCGCCAGCGGCAGCGGCCUUGUUUUGGUCAUUUGGAUGGAGACCAUUUAAAUGGUCACGUGACUGUUGCCGUAGCAACAAAGGCAUAGAAAAAAAAGUAAAAUCCUAUUGUCCUCAUAUACUAACUUUGACCACAUUCAUACAGACUAAGCUGAUUUUUUAAUAUAAUUUAAUGUAUUUUUGGCUAUAUUUGAAUGGGAGCCAUGCAUUAAUCUAGCUAUAUAUAUAUAUAUAUAGUCACAAAUUCGUAAUGAAAUGUUCAAUUACAGGCCCGUACCAUAUUCCUGAAGGCUGUUCCGUCCUUGUGGCGCCUAUGGCAUUACACCGUAAUCCUGAAGUAUGGGAUGAUCCUGAUACGUUUAAUCCUGAUAGAUUUCUUUCUGAAACUAACGUUGGAAGAAAUCCCUUUGCUUAUGUUCCUUUCUCGGCAGGACCCAGAAACUGCAUUGGUAAGUAACGCAGUUUAAUAUGUGACAUGUCGUAAUGGCGUAGCUUAACUGAAGAGGGUCGGCUUGUCCUGUCCAUUCAAACUGCCGGCGGGGGGUGGCUACGACAAGCAUGAAAUAAUUGAUGAAAUUCACCGGAUGUGGUGCAAACUGAAUGUGGCGACGCUGAUUGUUACUGGUGACCCUGGCGGUUUACGAAACGGAAAAUUGCCGCGACGCUCAAAGUAGUUACGCCACUGACAUGACAGCAAUCCUAUUCGCAACCCUAAUCGGAAUCUUCUCUUUUAGGGCAAAAAUUUGCAAUGAUGGAAGAAAAAGUCGUAUUAGCUUCAAUUAUACGUCAUUUUCAUAUCAAAUCUACGCAGUUGACUGAAGAUAUCAAGAUAACUCCUGAACUUAUUCUUAAGUCCACCAAUGGUAUUAUGGUGAAACUGGAAACGAGAAAUUUAUAGAGAUUUCUUUGCUCUGUAUUCUGGUGAAAAUAAAUAAAUGCAAAUCUCGGUCAAAUUACAUCCUCUGCGCUCAACGAGGUCAAAAUGCAUCCUCUACUCAACGACACUGGAGUAUAUAUGUACUAGAUAAAACAUGUACUAAAAAUAAACAUUGUCUAAGCCGAGAAAAUCAAAGCUGAAGUUUAUGUAAAUCAGGACAAAUCUUUAUACGAUUUACAAACAUUGAUUAAACAUUCAUUUCUUUUCUAUUUUCCUCGUGAAUUAUUAAUGGUUUUGUUGCAUGCCCAUAUAUGGGCAUGCAACUUUCAUAUAGCUCUAAAUUUCGUGUCGUGUACGUUGUGCGUUGUACCAGUCACGUGGCAGAUUCGUAAAAUACGACAAAUACCGAGUUUUCCGACGAGCAUUUUCAUGCCGGAUUUUCGUCGAGAAAUUAUAUUGAUUAUUCGCCGAAAAUUUACAUAACUGAGCGCUUUAGAAAAAUAAAUCGAGGUAGGUAAAGCUUUACUGUUUUUAGCUAAAUCUUAUAUUCUGUUAUUUGUUGUUAUUUUGGAGCCGUUGUGCUCGCCCUGAUUAGUGAUUAUUUAUCAAUUAUCAGGCGUUUUAAUUUGCCGCGAACGCUAUCAAAAUACUCGAUUUUUAUUUACUCAAACUGAAACGGAGCCAUUGUGUUCGCACUGAUUAUAUUGUGUGCCAAGCUUCAAAACUACAGCACAUUUUGUAAAUAACAUGAUGUAUAAAUAUCAAACAAAAUUUGAAUUAUAAAUAGUAUUUAUACAUACUAUUGAAAUUUAACACAACGAAAUAGCAACCAUUGUGAAGUACGCAUAAGAUUCAGCAUGACAUUCAACAUGACAUUCGAUGUAGUGUAUAUGAACUCAUUUCAAUCACUCAAACGUCAAAAUGAUAAAUAAUCAUUUUCAAUCUAUUAUAGUAAUUCACCGUUUCCACGGGUUUUUUAUACCUUUAAAAAGCUAUAAUAAAGCUAAAUCUAAAGAAACUAACGUUAUUUAGUUAUACAUUUGUGAAGGAAUUCUAACAGUCAAUUGCUUUCUAUAAAACCUUGACCGGCGUGACUUUGCUAAUGUUAUUACCGUCGCUUGCCACUAACUAUUAACGGUCGCUUAUAAAAACAUUGCCUAUUUGUGUGUUUCUGCUGUGGUCUAUACCGUAGGCUAAUUUGCGUGAGAAUCUUAAGUUUUCUUAUUUUGACAUAAGGGACCGGUCAUUAAGUAUUUACUAGGGUGUGUGGAGGAUAUUUUUGGAGGGUACGAAAAAAACACAGAACCUCUGAGGGGGGUAUCAAAAUCUUAAUACUAUGGGUACGGAAAAAAUUACAUUUUAUAAUUAUUGUUGAAUAUUGAAUGUAUUUAUGCCCAAAUUUAAGUUUGGAAAAAAUUGUUUUACUAAUGUCAGAUGACAAGUAGGAUUCAGUGUCCGUGGAACGUUUGGAGUACAAAUCUGAUACAUCUGAAUUGUCAAUGCUAGCAAGCUCGCACCAUUAGAACGACGAGGAAGUGUCGCAUUGAAUGGAGGCAAAUUUUUUCUGUUUGAAAUAAACCCAAUCUCGUUCCCAGAGCUCAACGAUGGCUCUGAGUACGAAAUUGAAACCAAAAAUAAAUUUUUCUGUUUUUCUUACUCUCAACCCAUCGCUAGUAUGUCAGAAUCAGAAACAGAAAAGACUGGUGACAAAUCGGAGACUGCGGAAAAUGUUGAGUGAAGAUAUAUGGUUACCACUACAAGAAGUGGGAGAGCUAUCACAAACUGGAGAGUUUCGAAAUAUAGAUAAACGCAAGACAAAAGUUAAAACAGAAUUAUUGUUAGAAAAGGGGGGGAGGGUAUGAAAAAUUUCACUUACAUUGAAGGGGGUUACGAAAAUUUUUCCAUAAGUUUUUGGGAGGGUAUGGAAAUAUGUACUUGAAAUUUAAUUUAUCCUCCACCCCCUUCUAGUAAUUACUUUAUGACCGGUCCCUAAUAGCUAUUUUUCAAUAAAUAUACUGAUAUUUCAAACUUAUUGAAUGAUCAAUAUUUUAAGUUUCACGCCAGUUGUACCAAAGGUUUAUGUAAGCGCUAUAGCGAAGUUUCAGAUGGCAUGCAACAUGUACGCACUGCGUACCUAUUUUUAAGGUUUGCGAAGCAAAAUCCUUUAUGUCAUCGGGUGAGUAGAUAGUAACACAUUAGUGACGUUGAGUUCCGAGUCAAGUAUUCGUGAACCGUCGGAAGCUAUUAUCCGCCAUUUGUGUUUGUCGAUAUUCGCAAACUUUCGGGCCAAACCCCCGCUCAUUUUCGUAGAAUACACCAACAACUAAACAUUGUACCACUUACUUUCAGCUAAACGAAUAAAUAUAUGACUGUUUUGUGCUAGAAAUACAAAUGGAAAAGAUCCUAAAAGACAAAUUCGUUCAACUCAGGAGCGGCCGUAUAAAAUAAAAUCAAAAGUGGUGUUUCCACUAUGAAAACUGUAUUGUUCCAUUUUUCAGUCGUAUUGAUUGAAAAUGAAUUAGAAAUUAAAUUGCCUGUUGCGGAAUGCGGAAACUUCGAAAUAAUUUUGGGUUUUUUUCCAAACGUUAAAUUAUAAAAUAUCUUCAACAUUUCUACAAAUUCAGUUUUUCUUUUAUCUUUGAGGCAGUGAUAAAGCCAUUUAAAAGUUGUAGUAGAUUAACUUUUAAUAUAACAGUAAUGCAUGAUGUUGUGUUUUGUUAUACUACAUUUUGGGCGAUAUUUUUCCAUCAUUCUUGCAUUAUGCACUGAUGUUUUUCAAUCUUUUUUGCAUUAUAAAAUUGACAACAAAUUGCAAAUCCUUACGCACUCCUCGAGUGCCUAUUUUAAAAUUAUCUAGGUGUUUAGUAAGAAUUGCUUUAAAAGAAUAUGUCGACAGUUGCUCAUGAAUACCCUAAAAUUUCGUUGGGUAAUGUAUUCCGGCGUAAACUUCUCGGUAUGAAAAUAAUUUUUCAUUAAAGAUCUAUUGGGUUUGUCAAGAAGUAGCUUACGCCUGUUGCUUCGCAUUUGAUGAUUGGCGUUAUCACGGUAUGAGAACAUGUCGCAGAUGUGCUAUGGUGCAACACCGCGGAUGGGAUUGAACGUUAAUAUUAGCAGCUCUCCUCUAUUAAGAGCUAUUUUAUUAGGCUCCAUCCUAGAGUCCGGAAAAUCCGGAAGUCUGUUUUGAUCUUAUCUCGUAAUUUGAGCUAGUUAUUGUACGGCAGCUCGUUUCUGCAUUUUGUAAAGUUUUUCUAAAUUUGUCUUAUUUCCGUCGUUCCACACUUUUGAACAGUAUGUAAAGUAGGGAACUACCAAAUAGUUGUACAUACAGAUUAGAUCGUUGUGGGAUCGAUACAUAUGGCUUUGCCCUUCUAAGCACGAAAAUGAUAAAGAUUAUCAGUGAAGAAAUAAUUAAACUUCUAACAUAUAUUUAUAAUCUAUCAUUUGAAACUGGAAAAAUACCAAAUUUUUUGAAAAUAGCUUUAGUUACUCCUAUUUUCAAAGCUAAGGAAAAUAAUCUAUUUGAAAACUAUCGACCUAUAUCGGUAUUAACUUGUUUUUCAAAACUACUUGAAAACCUUAUGCACAAGCGAUUAAUUAACUAUGUUGAAAAACAUCGUAUACUUUCAGAACAUCAAUUUGGUUUUAGAAAAAAUAGAUCAACUGAGCAUGCCAUUCUUGAACUAACCGAUAAGAUAUCCAAAGCAAUAGAUGAAGGUAAAUAUACUGUAGGUAUUUUCCUUGAUCUCUCUAAAGCCUUUGACACUGUCAAUCACGAAAUUCUCAUAAAAAAACUUCAACACUAUGGAAUUAGAGGUAUAGGUCUACAAUGGUUUAUAAAUUAUUUACAGGAAAGAACUCAAAUGGUCAAAUAUAAACAACAUAGGUCAACUGAAAUGAGCGUUAGGACUGGCGUCCCACAGGGUUCAAUUCUUGGACCACUACUAUUUCUAAUAUACAUUAAUGACAUUGAAAACUGCAGUAAAAUUCUUUCUUUCGUCUUAUAUGCCGAUGAUACAAAUGCCUUUUAUUCAAAUUCGUGCCUAAAAACUUUAGCUAGUACUAUACAAAAUGAAAUGAAUGAAGUAGUGCAAUGGCUUAACGCCAAUAAAUUAUCAAUCAAUGCAUCGAAAACAAAAUUUGUCAUUUUUAAAUCAAAAAAUAAGUCACAGCAUCAAGAAAUCAUAGUAAAAAUAAAUAAUGAUAUAGUUGAACAAGUACCUUGGGUAAAAUUCCUAGGUGUAUUAAUUGAUCAAGAGUUGACAUGGAAGAACCACAUCAACUCCAUUCUGAAAAACAUAAUUAAAUCUGCGGGUCUGAUUGCUAAACUAAGACAUUUUACGAACAAAAACACUUCGAAAUUGAUUUAUUAUGCAUUGGUCUAUCCAUACCUCACGUACGGAAAUCUAGUUUGGGGAAGUACAUACCCAACAAGGUUACAAAAGUUACUAAAUGUGCAAAAGAAAAUUGUACGACUAAUCUGUUUUAAAUCUUAUAUGGAUCAUUCUGAACCAAUAUUUUUACAAUUGAAAAUCUUGGAUAUCUACAAAAUUAAUGAUUAUCUAUGCAGCUUAUUCAUGUAUCGCUUCAAUUAUUGUCAAAAUUUGCCGGACUUUUAUAAUGAUUACUUCAAACAAAAUAACGAACUAUACAACUAUAAUACUCGAAAUUCUACCAAGUUACAUGUGAGCUAUAAGAGAACAAACUAUCGCAAAUACACUGUAUUUAACACAGGAGUUUCUAUAUGGAAUUGCCUUGAUGAAGAAAUUAAAAAUAUUAAAUCAUAUUUUUCUUUUAAGAAAACUGCAAAAUCCUAUUACUUGAUGUCUAGUUGAUGUAAAUAUUUCAGGAAUAUUCUGUAAUGUACUAAAUAUUCCUUAAACAUUUUCCAUAUUUGUUUGUAAAUAGUUUGUGUUUUUCAUUGCAAAUUGUCCUUAUGUACAUAAUCUAUUUUUAUAUUACUGAACACUAAAACUAUAGGGGCCUCGUCUUAAAAGUCCAACAGGAUUUCCAGAGGUCUCUAGCCCGUUUAUAUAUUCUUAAAUAUUCAACUUGUAAAUAUUAUUUGUGGGUAAAUAAAACUAAUCUAAAAAAUCUAAAUCUAAGUGGAGCUAUGGCACUCGAACGUUUUGUGCAGUUUGUUUGACUAGUUAGAUAACGAACCGUUUGUUAAUAUUCGGAUGUCUGUUGGAAAUUAGUUAAGUCUUGUUAGGCUAUUAGCAUAAAUUCGGUUUUCUUAGUGUUCAAUGUUUGACUUGUUGGCUUCCAAUUACCAUUUAUUAACUUAACACAAGACGUUUGAUUUGUCCAGACUUUUAAGUCGUCAUCUAAUAUAAAUACGGCCAAUCACACAACCUAUGGUGAACCAUACUACAGUCAUGCGCCCGCGAUUAUUGAUGAACUUUAGCCUUCGCUAGUGCGUUCCUUUCCUCGAGUAUGAAUAGCCGGGCGGAAUUAGUACCCAGGGCCCGGGCUUAUGCCCGGAACGGCGCUCUGCGCCGUUGGCUCGGGUAAGCAUUCGAAAAUUACCAAACUGUAGAAACAAUUCAACAUGAGGUCCACGUUUGAAUCAAGGACGUGCUGGGGUCUUCAAAAAGAACGACGAAUGGGCAACGUCUGAAGCCCCAUCUGGGGCCCUGGUCCAGUGACGGACGGGUCAAGAUUGGGGUGGGGGGUAUUACCGAUCAAACAUGAAACAUUUCAGUCGCUAAUUAACAUUUCCCCCCCAAAAUUGUUGGCGAAAAAAUUUCCGGACAUACAAUUUUUCAGCAACUUUCAAAUUAAUGUACCGUCAUUUGUUAAAUUUUUCGGUAAUAUUUUCGUAAAUUUAGAUUUUUAAAAUAUAAAUUGUAAUAUCUUAAUCUUCAUUUUCAAAAUUAAAAUCUAUAUUUUUAUUUUUUCCAAUGUUUUAAUUUUAGGGGCUCACGAUGACAGGGGCCACAACAAGUUCUCGUCGGCUCGUCCCUAGCCAGCACGUCCUUGCUUUGAAUUUACUAUAUGAGUAAAUUGCUAAACACGUCAGAAAUUAUCAAUACAAUAAAUUCGCGAAACAUGUUGAGCCCUAACACUAAUAUAAUUUUAAUCUAACCCUAAUCUAAUCUUUAUCUGACACUAAUCUAAACUUGAUGACAUUUUAUUUUUUUUUUAAUGUGGAGUUUUUUAUAUUGAUAAUUUCGGACUUGUACAUGUUGCAAAUUUAUUGUAUUAAUAAUUUCGGAAGUGUUAACGUUUAACAAUUUACUCAUAUAGUAAAUUCAAAGGUGGAAGCUCAUGUUGAAAAAAUUACUAAAUUUCUGCUGUCAACGAAAGUGGUCAGAAAAUCAGUAAAAAUUCAUACAGAAUCAUAUUACAGAUGCUGUAACUUUGUAAAUGUUCUUUUUCUGUUAAUUAAACAACCCCUUUAAAUUAAAAGCAGCAAUUAAUUAAGCUGAACGGUUAUUGUUUGUAAAUAAGUUUUGAAUAAUAAUUCAAAUAAUAAAAAUUGUAUCGUUGUCGUUGUGUAGUAUCAUUAUCCUUUUAUAUAUGCUUAGCCCUUACCGAUAAUUCCUUGGAAAACACGUUGAUUUUGAUUGGCCCCUAGCCUCCUCCGCAGGCAACUCUUGUUUCCCACUCCCAAAUAAAUACCGACCUUUCAACCAGAAGAGACAAUAUUUUUUUCGAAUUUGGAAUUUGUAUGACUACAUUAGGAAACAUAAGGGGACAUUGCGAUACAAAUGUUGUUUUAUAGGGUGUUAAUACGGGCGGGCGUUUGAUAGAGUGGGAUAAAUUCAAUUCUCUUCUGGUAGAAAGGUCGGUAUAUAUUUGGGAUUUGGGAGUGGGAAGCAAGAGUUGCCUGCGGAGGAGGCUAAUUGGCCACCUAAUUUUAUAACCCAAACUCUUCCAAGCUUGGUGGGAUUAACCAUAGAUUAAUGGAUCACUUCAUUUAGCAAAUGAGAUUACGAGCUUUUUAAUUUUUGGAUCGUGAUCUGAUUGGUUAAAAUGAAGGCGGACCAGAAAAUAGACGGGCACCUACAAAAUGGCGAAAUUGCUGGUAACCUGGCGUGGAACUUAUUUAAAGUUUAGAACUUGAAAUAGUUUAAUUUUAUGUUUUUAGUUGUGUUUUUAAAUUUGAUAUAACAUAAACAAGUAGUAAAGAUACAUUUUUAUAAGUUAGAUAAAAAGCACAAAACACACUGCUAACUUUUUUACUUACAAUUCACUUGAUCGGUAAAUUAGAAGAUCUGUUUUAUAUCAAAUUGGGGUAAAACAAAUAACAUUUUUAAAAAGAAAAUUGCCUCAUCAGUCCAUACUUCCGGACUCUGCUAGCUCGUAUCGGUCAAGUCCGUCUCGUGCUACUCAACGUCAUCGUCAGAGGCGAGUGGUGAGGUAUAGGUGACUUACCAACCGGUAUCGAACGAACGACGGCAGAAAGUGCCAGCGGCCACCCUUUUCCGGAAGAUCCGGACUCACCCUAGUCUCCCUCGCAGACGUUCUUAUAACUCUAACCCUCGCUAGUUCGUUAGUUAGCGAGGGUUAGAGCUCUAAGAUCGCCUGAGAGGGAGACUAUAGACUCGCCCUUGAGAAAACCCGGACUUUAUAUAUAUAUAUAUAUAUAUAUAUAUAUAUAUAUAUAUAUAUAUAUAUAUAUAUAUAUAUAUAUAUAUAUAUAUAUAUAUAUAUAUAUUAACUAUUUUGGUUGCGGUUUUUUGGUUGCGGUAUUAUUAAUAGUUUGCGAACUAUUUUGGUUGCGGUAUUAUUAUUCUGGGUGAUUUUAAUCAACUAAAUGUUAGAAGACUAAAUACCAAUUUUAAUCUAAUAUAAACUGUCAACUUUCCCACCCGUGGUCAAAAUACUCUCGAUUUGGUGCUGACCAACUUAGACAAGUUCUAUGAAAAACCAAUUAAGAUGUCCCCCUUUGGCCUAUCUGACCAUGUUACCAUUGUAGUGAAACCUAAAAAACGAGGACAGGACAAGGUUGUUAAAUCAAUCGUAAAGUCGAGGGAUAUGCGACCAAGUAAACGUUAUGCAAUGAAGUCCUAUCUGGAACAAAUAAAUGUUUCCAAUUUAAUUAAUUCGGUGCAAUCAUGUGAUAAUAAAGUCUCGAUGCUGGAAACAAUUGUUAAGAUUGGCCUCGAUUUCAUUAUGCCCUUGCAAACUAGGACAGUUAUAUCAAAUGAGCCAGUGUGGAUGACUUCCUCUUUGAAAGACCUUAUAGGAAAACGACAAAAAGCUUUGAAUAGUGGAAAUUUAGAAGAAUUCAAGCGGCUCCGUAAUUGCGUGAAUUGGGAGCGGAAAAAAUGUCGUUCUAAAUACUACGAAGCGAAGGUCAAACAUCUAACAAUUUGCAAAUCUUCCGACUGGUGGAGAGAAGUCAAGAAAUUGAGUGGAAUGAACUCGGCUUUCAACUCUAAAAAUGAGGUGUACAAGUCGUUAGAAAAUCUAAAUGGGACAGCUACUAGUACCAAACAUCUUGCCAACAUUAUCAAUGGAAUCUUUCUUUCUCCUAUGAAUAACUUCUCCCCUUUAGCCAGUGACUUUUUCGCUUGUACCGAUUUCGGCAGCGAUGAACCUGGUUUUACGGUUCCGGAGCAGGAGGUCUUGAUGAAAUUGUCAAAAAUGAAUCCAGCCAAGGCCAGUGGUCCAGAUGGGAUACCCAACUGGGUUCUAAAGGAAAAUGCUGAUCUACUGGCCGAUCCUGUAAAAGAGAUUUUGAAUCUUUCGUAUAGAAAUGGCUGUCUUCUGCAGUCGUGGAAAGAAGCGGAUAUUGUCCCUCUUCCAAAGCAGAAACCCGUAAAAGACGUGAAUAAGCACCUAUGCCCCAUUUCAUUAACAUCUGUUGUAUCAAAGGUGGCGGAGGAAUUCGUUGUCGAAAAUUUUGUUAAACCUGCUGUCCUUAGUAAGAUUGACAUAAAUCAAUUUGGAACGAUUCCCAAAUCAUCAACGACUCAUGCGCUAAUAAGCAUGAUACAUAAGUGGAAAAAACAAACGGACGGAAACGGUUCUAUGGUGCGGGUUGUCCUUUUUGAUUUCAAAAAAGCCUUUGACUUAAUCGAUCAUGGUAUUCUCGUAGACAAGCUUACUACCUUUGAAAUACCAAAGCGAAUAAUUGGGUGGAUCGUUAAUUUUCUCAAAGACCGUAAACAGCGCGUCAAGUUAAGCCAAGAUUGUCACUCCGAAUGGGGUUUGGUUCCGGCAGGCGUCCCUCAAGGGAUUAAAUUGGGUCCUUGGCUUUUUGCUAUAAUGAUAAAUGACCUAAAAAUAGCGGAUAUAGAUUUAUGGAAGUAUGUGGACGAUACUACCAUCUCCGAGAUUGUCCUUAAACAUGAAACCAGCAGCAUCCAAUCUCAGGUAGAUGAGUUUAUAAGGAAAUCAACUGCAAAUAAAUUUCAGUUAAACGAAGAGAAAUGCAAAGAGCUUCAAAUUACCUUUGCAAGAAACGGGCGUACGUUUACACCCGUGUAUGUUAAUAAUAAACCAAUCGAAGUUGUCCCUUCUGCAAAGAUAUUGGGCAUGUGAAUUACGAACGACCUUAAAUGGAAUACCCACAUCUCAGAGAUUGUAAAGAAAGUUUCAACAAGACUCUUCUUUCUUUGUCAACUAAAAAGAACAAAAAUCUGUAGAAAGGAUUUACUAACAUUUUACCUGACCUGUGUGCGUCCUGUGAUGGAAUAUGCUUGUCCCGUUUUCCACGACUCCUUACCCAAUUACCUAUGCGAAGAUCUGGAGAAGUUACAGAAGCGAGCCCUUCAUAUAAUCUUCCCAACAUGUUACCUUAUGCAGAAGCUUUGGUAGAAGCGGGAGUUGACUCAUUAUUUAAUAGAAGACAAAUCCUAACUACUACACUAUUUAAUGAUAUUGCAAAUGACGAAAGUCAUAAGCUUUACCAAUUACUACCAAGUAAGAACUUUUCAAAUUAUAAUAUAAGGAAAGAGAACAUUUUUAACGUUUCUAUUAGUAGGACGAAUAGAUUUAAAAAUAGUUUUAUACAGCAUAAUUCUACAAUGUAUUUUAGAUAAAAUAAAUAUUUAUAUAAGGAAAGAGAACAUUUUCAACGUUUCUGUUAGUAGGACGACUAGAUUUAAAAAUAGUUUUAUACAACAUAAUUCUACAAUGUAUUUUAGAUAAAGUAAAUAUUUAUUGUAAAGUUAGAAGCGUAUUUCAACCCGUGGGUUGUAAUGUUUUUAAUUAAUUAAUUAAACUAUCUAUCUAUCUAUCUAUCUAUCUAUCUACCUAUCUCUCUACCUAUCUAUCUAUCUAUCUAUCUAUCUAUCUAUCUAUCUAUCUAUCUAUCUAUCUAUCUAUCUAUCUAUCUAUCUAUCUAUCUAUCUCCAUCUCCAUCUCCACCUCCAUCUAUAUCUACAGGGUGUAUCAAAAUAAACGCAAUUCAUCUUUUGUGCUUAAUAACUUUCGAAAUACUAUUUCUAGUUAAAGGCUUUUAGGCUUACUUCAAAGCCUGUUCUUUUCUCUUUCAAACAAACUAUUAUCCUUGUCUCCAAUGCUAGUAAUAAUUGCACACGAAAAGAUUUAGUAAAACCUAUCAUUUUUAGUUGCUGUUUAAUUAUGCAAGUUUACUAUGUUAUUGUUUAGUCGGUUUAAAUGUUAGAAUUUUCUUCUUUAAACUUUAAUGUUGUCGUCACUACAUCUGGAAAACCACGUAAGAACAAAUUAAAAGCAUUUUAAAAGAGAUCAGGUUGUUUGAAAAUCCUAAACGAAUGCUGAGAAUCGUCAAAACAUUCUGGUGUCUGAGCCCGCCAGAGUGUCAUCGAAUUGCGAUGUAAUGUAAACAGAAAUUAUAGCAAGAAUUAUAGCCAAAAUUAUAUCGCAUUUGAAGUUUCAAACUGAGUUAAAAAUAGUGGAAGAAAAGCCGUAAUUAUACUUAUUGUUACAAUCCAUUUAAUAAAAUGCAACAUUUUUUUGUUUUAAUGAAAAAAUCAGUUAUUUUCAUGAGAACGAUUUGUUAUUCCAUCUCAAUUUUUUAAUCUCCAAUCGCAAUAACGUAAAGUAUUAUUACCCGCGAACCAAUGAGUCAAAUUUAAGAAACAACCCACUGUUAGAAAGCUGAAUGGCUACGCUUUAAAAUGAAUGUAAACUUUAACGUUUUCGUCUAUUAUUUGUUUAGCAAUUUACAUUUCAGUCGAGGAUUGCGCUUUUUUUGAUACACCCUGUAUAUCUAUCUCUAUCUCUAUCUCUAUCUAUAUCUAUAUCUAUAUCUAUAUCUAUAUCUAUAUCUAUAUAUCUUCACUUCGGUGUUGUUGAGCACUCUGCGGAGUUGUUAAUGGAUGUCUAUUAGCGAUAAUGCAAAGCUCACUUCCCUUGUGGUCGUUUGAGCACUCUGGCUCCAUUACGCUCUGCGCAUGUCUGGAUGCGUUGAGUCACCGUGUUGUAACACAUGCCUUGGUGAGAGCAAGUUCAUGGGGGUAUAAAUACGAUUGUCUCACGUAUCUAGACGUGUACCAAGCUGCACUGACGAGGCGUUGAACGCCGAAACAUGCAUGUCUGCAGAUUGUACUAUAUAUAUAUAUAUAUAUAUAUAUAUAUAUAUAUAUAUAUAAACAAUAAUAAUAAUAUUUCAAUUAUAUAGUGUAAAAAGAGUGCUCAACAUCAAGAAUUUAACAGAGCAAAUAGUAUUUUAACUUAAAAUUGAGUCACAACUCUGAGUUUCACGCUGAGUGCGAUCAUCAGGUGACGGUGUUACAAGUGACGGUUCAAUCGAUUGAUUUCGGUUCAAUCGAUCGUUCAAUCGGAUUGAACCGUCACUUGUAACACCGUCACCUGAUGAUCGCACUCAGCGUGAAACUCAGAGUUGUGACUCAAUUUUAAGUUAAAAUAUUAUAUAUAUAUAUAUAUACAGUAUAUAUAUAUAUAUAUAUAUAUAUAUAUAUAUAUAUAUAUAUAUAUAUAUAUAUAUAUAUAUAUAUAUAUAUAUAUAUAUAUAUAUAUAUACGGUAUUUUAUUACAUUAUACACAAAUCAGUAUUAAACAGUAUCAACAGAUAAUUGGAAAAUGAGCUUUAAUAGCCCUAGUUCAUAAAUACAUCGCCGAAUCAACAUAUCAAUCAUCACCGUAAUAUCAAUAUAAUUUUCAAUAUCAAACAGUUUAUACUGUAUUUAACAAGUAAUCCCAAAACAAUUUAAUUUCAAUCAAUUUCAAGAUAACUGUCAACACAAAAUAUUGCCCAAAAUAUUUUCAAUUCAUCUUGCCUAGCUAGUGAGGCAGCACAUUGUCAUGCAUACUCAUAUGAUUUUCAAGUUCGGUGGCAAUUUCAAACUCAGCAUUGCAGACACAACAGAAAUAACCAGUACCAGUUGCUUGCCUUGCUUCUAAUUCCUUACAGAUGUCACAUUGGUGGGAUGUACCAUGCUCUUUGGCCUUGUGCUCAUUUAAACUUUGAAUAUCAGCAAACUGUUUGUUGCAUUUGUCACAGUCAAAAUCAUCACUCAGUAUCUCAUCAGCAUGUCCUUGUCCUUGCGAUUGAAUAACUUCUCUGCCACAAGUGUUGCACACUAAUAAGCCGUCUUUUGAAUGUGUUCUCCAAUGGCGUUUCAGACUUUGUAGUUGUCUGAAUGUUUUCUUGCAGAUACUGCACUCAAAUCUCUGGUCACUCUUGUGAGCUGAUAUUUUAUGUCGUGUUAGUUUGUGUGAUACUGUAAAUCUCUUGUUGCAAACGUCACAUUUAUAAGGUUUGUCUCUAGUGUGUGUUCUUUUAUGUCUAGCUAAAUGGCUCGAUUGUGAAAAUCUCUUCCUACAAAUAUCACAUUCAUAAGGUUUGUCUCCAGUGUGUGUGCUUUUAUGGGACACUAAGUCGCUCGAUUGUGAAAAUCUCUUCUUACAAAUAUCACAUUCAUAAGGUUUGUCUCCAGUGUGUGUUCUUUUAUGGGACGCUAAAUGGCUCGAUUGUGAAAAUCUCUUCUUGCAAAUAUCACAUUCAUAAGGUUUGUCUCCAGUAUGUGUUCUUUUAUGUUUAACUAAGGUGCUUGAGCAUGAAAAUCGUUUGUUGCAAACAUUGCAUUCAUACGGUUUCUCUCCAGUGUGUGUUCUCUUAUGUUCAGCUAAGUUCCUUGACUUUGAAAAUCUUUUGUUACAAACAUUGCAUUCAUAAGGUUUGUCUCCAGUGUGUGUUCUUUUGUGAUCUGCUCUGUGGCUUGACUGUGAAAAUCGUUUGUUGCAAACAUCGCAUUCAUAAGGUUUGUCUCCAGUGUGUGUUCUCUUAUGAACCGUUAAAUUGCUUGACUGUGAAAAAGGUUUGUUGCAAACAUCGCAUUCAUAAGGUUUGUCUCCAGUGUGUGUUCUCUUAUGUUCCACUAAGUGGUUUGAUUGAAAAAAUCGUUUGUUACAAACAUGGCAUUCAUAAGGUUUGUCUCCAGUAUGCGUUCUUUUAUGUCUUAGCAAAGAGCUUCUCUGUGAAAACAUCUUGUUGCACAACUCGCAUUUCUUAGACAUGGUUUUUCAGCUUUUGAUCUUUUCCCCGUACGGUGACACGUGCGGUCAAAUUUCGAUUUAAAAUAUCACCCAACUGUUCCCUCGAGUCUUUCUUUAUUGAAUCUUUGUAACACUUUGGUUUUUAUCGAAUUUCCGAACAUAGAAAUGAGAAUAUUCCGAGACACAGUCUGCAAACAACACCAUAUGGGAUAUGGCGCCCAAAACACAGUGCUUCCAUUUUCAAAAUCAAAAUUUCCCAUUUUUGUCAUCAAAAUUUCCCAUUUUUGUCAUCAAAAUUUCUCUAAAUUCCUUAGAUUGUAUAGCAGCUGGGAACUUUGUUGCGCAUGCGCCAGAACUUUGUUGCGCAUGCGCCAGAUUAACCAAAAAUUCCAUUGAAACUUGAAGAUUUCCCCCUGAUUUGAUGAUUUCCCCAAAGAAAUAUAGCGAAACGCUCGCGGUUGUUGUAUAUUUUUGAAUGCCUGUUUAAACUUUUUACUUUUUUUCUUGAGUCAAAGACAGAGUAAAAUGUACUCUACGUUUCCAGUGUACAGAAUAUCUCGUUUGAGCAGCAAUAGCAUUAUAAUCCUGGCACAAAAAAGAAGGCUGACAUUUGACAAGCUAAAUGUGCAGUCAUGCCCGGGUAGGGUGGCCCAGAUCCGUCAUAGUAUUUUCUUUAUUUAUUUUUUAAAAAAAUAUUUAAUUAUUAAAAGUGAAAACUAUUUUAAAACGAAAUCAAAACAAAAGUAAAAUCAAUCGCAAAUCAAAAUCAAAAUAAAACUCAAAUUCACCAUGGCCCAGAAACGCCAUAGACAACAAUUAAUUUAAAAAGUGAAAACCAUUUCAAAACGAAAUCAAAACAAAAGUAAAAUUAAUCGCAAAAUAAAAAUAAAAUGCAAAUUUACCAUGGCCCACAACGGCCAUAGACCACAAUGCAUUGCGAGUACUACGGUAACGGGAGGGGGGGGGCUGGUGGGGUGAUGGGAAUGGGAAUGGGAGAGUGUGCAUUUUGUUUGUCAACAUGGCGUUUGGCAAAAUGACCAGGAAUUAAAAUAGCGUUUGCAAACGUAUAUAAGGCAAGGUCUUCAAAACACCGAAAUUUUGAGUUUCAUGCAGCGAGACAAAUGUACUUGUUACCCAUCAGUUUAAAUUCAACUAUUGGUCUUCUCUUUGUUAACCAAACCUUACAGUUUUUGGUUCUACAUAUGCAAAGUCUCCCUGUUCAUUGAUAAUCCUUUCGUUCCAGUUUAAUCCAAAAAAGGAAUCCAAUACUUCAUUAUUAGUGAUGGCAUAAAUUUCUUUUCCCCUCUGACGGGUAAGAGAAGCACAGCUUCCCAUACCUUCAUUAAAGACAUCGUAAUCUACAGGAAUUUCGAUCCGAUUUUCUGGGUCGUCCUUAAGGCCAGAAUACAAUGUUCGCUUAAUUUCUCUGUACUGAUUUAUUUAUUUAUUUAUUUAGCUAAUUUUCCAACUAGGGCAGGGUCACCACAACGGCAUAUGCCAAUUACUGUGCGCUCUCUUUACCUAACCAAACCGGAGUACCCGGGGAAAACCCGCGACUUUCGGCAGAGCGUUGACUGUAUUCUUUUCGCGUGAAUACUGGGUUCGAGUCGCAUUGAGAAAGUUCUUACUGAGGCUUGAACCUGCGACCUCAGAGGUGAAAGGCAAGUGCGCUAGCCACUUGGCCACCGAAGCCCCAUACAUACGUUCAUUAAUUAAAGCCAUUGAGUCUUUCUUGAAGUGAAACUGAAAUUCAGGAUGGGUAUCAAGUUGUUUUCACCUUUGUUCGUGGUGAUGGAAACAGUAAUGGGUAUAAAAACAUGGUUCAUGCCGGAAUUUGAAUAUAAAUUUACCUUGAUUUGGCACAGGGAUUUGUCAGAACUCGGUGAAACAGUAGAGAUUCAGUCGCAAUCAUAACCGACUAUUAAGUAUAAACGACUAUAGUCACUAUGCAUAGCCAACAAUUACUUUGUCUGGUAUAAGUUGUUUAACACAAUUUAUUUAGAUGUAUAGCAGAGUUAUAGUUCCAGGAAUGUUUUUCCAUUCCAUCCUAUGGCGAAACUGAAAAAGCUAAUUUAGGUCACAAACAAAGUGCUUGUUUACGUUUAGUAUGUAUAUCACUAAUAAGAUCCCAAUUACACAGUACCUGAUUUGCAUGCUUAUGACAUAAGCCUUAACUUUCUUCUAUUUCCUGUCAUGUGCUCACAGUUUAAGUGCUAAACACACCAUAAAAUGGUAAAUUUAAUGUUGUAACAAUGCCAAUCAGGAAUUGUGUACCUUGCGCUUUAGACAAACUGGACAUAUAAUACACAUUUAAGCCACUUUUCAGGUUAUUAUUGUUUUAUGUAUUGUAGAUAAAUAUGAUUAAAUCAGAACAAUUAUGUGUACUAAGCUGUUCAUAGAAGUACUAUAAAUUUAGAGUGCAUCUUGGUUCCCAUUUUCUAUUCACCUUAACCAGGUGUGCACAAAAAUGUUUUAGUAUAACAUGUCCGGCAGUUAGCAGUGCAAGUUUUGAUAGUAUGACCAGUUGCUGAGCAAUUCCGAUCCCACAAUAAUGAUCCUGCUUAACCCUUUGACAACCAGAACUCUCAAAGUACUGAACUCUUUGUUUUUUUAGGAAAUUUUGCUCUAUAGCUGAAACUCCUUGAUAUCGAUGGUUAGAUGAUCUGAGGUAGUCUUUUGAAGCAAUAUCGUUGUACUUCUCCAUUCCCUGCUGAUUGUAUAUGUUUAAAUUACCAUUAAGUUUCAGGAAUUCUGCAUGGAACCUGAUGGUACAUGGCAUGCAUAUGGGCUGUAACAUUUUUAGCUUUGUAGAGAACAAGAAAUUUUUCAAACCAUUUUGUCAUCUUGUCUUUCAAGUUUGUUACAGCCUCACUGGUUGCAUAAUCCAGCUUUAAGUCGCCAACAAUUUCCAUAAUCUGAACAGUUAUACUAUAUCGAACAAGUUUAAUUUAAAGGCAACUCCAAAACAAGUUAAUCAAUUUCAAGCAAAGCCAGAUUAAUUUCAAAACUUUUUUUAGCACAACAUAUCACACAAAAUGUUUUCAAUUCAUCUUUCCCAGCUAGUGGGGCAGCUAGCAAUGCACAUUGUCAUGCAUACUCAUAUGAGCUUCAAUUUCAACGGUAAUUUCAAACUCGGCAUCGCAGAUACAACUGAAAUAACCAAUACCAGUUGCUUCUCUUGAUUCUAAUUCCUUACAGACAUCACAUUGGUAGGACGUACAAUUGCCCUUUGGUCUUGUGCUGAUAUAAACUUUCAUUAUUAGGGGAACUGUUUGUUCCAUUUGUCACAGACAAUUUGAUCAUGUGUGUCAUUUAUAGCAUGUCCUUGACCUUGAAUAAUUUCUUGGCAACUGGUAUGGCACAACUAUAUAAGGCUAUAAGCCAUCUCUCAAGUAUGAUCUCCAGUGACGUUUCAGGGCUCGAAGUAGAGAAAAAAUAUGGCUUGCCAGUCUAAAAUUUUUUGGCAGAUGAAAUAAAUUUUAGCCUGCCAUUUUUAUUCAUUGAAAUGCCAAAAUGGCGAUGUCUUAUAGGAGUCAUAUUGUAAAAAUCAAUGUUUUCAUGAUAUGCAUUUUUGUUAUUUUUAAUUAAAUUAAACUUGUCUAUUUUACAACAGUAAACUUGGAUUUACAUUUCAAACAUAAAUGUAUUUACUCAACUAAAGAAGCAAUUGUUUAAAAUGAUCUAGUAUAUAUGAGUUGUGGUAAGCAAAUGGAAUGAAACUAUACAGUAUCUAUAGAAUUUCACCUGCCAUUUUUCUUGACUUGGUCAAUUCAAAUUUGUUUUUGCCUGCCAUUUCUAAAAUAUGACUUACUUUUGGCCAUUGCAGCCCGCUAUUUCGAGCCCUGCGUUUGAUACUUUAUUGUUUUUCAGUGAAUGUUUUCUUGCAAUUAUCACACUCAAAACUCUGAUUUCUCUUGUCUGCUGGUAUGUUAUGUCGUCUGAACUUGUGUGAUUCUAUUAUUAUUAUUAUUAUUAUUAUUAUUAUUAUUAUUAUUAUUAUUAUUAUUAUUAUUAUUAUUAUUAUUAUUAUUAUUAUUAUUAUUAUUAUUAUUAUUUGCUGUAGAAAUAAAGAAUGGACAAAUCCCGAACUAAUGAACAUUUAAAGUAACUAUUUCUAUAAAUAAUUAACAAUUUUUGUAUAUAAAACUAUAACCACGUAUAAGUGAUUCAAGUAGUCAAUUGUAGGUUACCUCAAGAAGUGAGAUUUACAAUUGUAUAUAUCUAUAAAUGUUCUAUUAAUAAUAUUAUUAUUAUUAUUAUUAUUAUUAUUAUUAUUAUUAUUAUUAUUAUUAUUAUUAUUAUUAUUAUUAUUAUUAUUAUUAUUAUUAUUAUUAUUAUUAUUAUUAUUAUUAUUAUUAUUAUUAUUAUUAUUAUUAAAACAUCUUUAUAUACGGUAGCUAAUCAACUAUAAAAUAUUUACAAGGUUUUCGUUGCUUUUCAUUAGGCCGUGUAGUUACAAACAGUAUAAGAAACUCCCAUCCACCCUCCCCAUAUAAUAACAGUAAAAUCUUCGCACUCAAACCCCACCCAAAUAAGAUAAAAGAUAAUUCAAGAGUUUUUAUUUCUCUCAUUCCAAACUUUAGCAGCAGCGUAAGCGAAAGUACGUUUCAUUGAAUUUGUUUUUGGCUUGGACAACAUCAACUUGUUUUUAUUGCUUCGUAAUUCAUAUCUUACAGAGUUGGAUAAUGUGAACAUAUCCGAAAUGUUCUUAGGACAUUGGCAU